CGUCAGUUACGCGCGCGACGACGACGAAUACAAAUUUUCAAACCAAAAAAAAAUCGCUAUUAAAUCUCGAUAUUUCUACAAUAAUAUAUAGCAGCGACACCGAUAUCAAUAAUAAUAUUUUAAUAAUUAAUUAUAAUAUUAUAAUCAUAUUUUUAUACAGUCGUGCGCGGUCGCAACAUCCGAGUACUCGCACGCGAGCACAUCACACCAGUGUCCGAAAACCGCAGUAUACCUUAUUACAAUAAUUUUAGUACCCUAGUGAAAGUGGUCGUCUCGUGCGGUGGUCGCCACUAUAUAUUUUAAUAUCGUACCGCGUAGAACUUUGUUUCGUCUAAAAUAAAUAUCUUUAUUUUUUUAUCUCUCUUUUCCGUCCGCAAGUUUAGUUUAGUUCUUGUUAUACCGUAUACUAUAUAACUGCAGUUGAAUAUAUUUUUAUAUCUGAAAUAUUUUUUGGUCUGACGUCUUCGCCUAACUACUCAAAAUCUCUACGGCAAAACGCACCCGUAUUAAUAUCGUUAAACCGGUGAGUACUUUUAUGAUUAUGAAUAUAUAUAUACAUUAAAUAGGUGUACUGAUAAUAUGACAAUUCGCGCACUUUACUCGUCCGUACUGUUUCCCCCCCCCCUUUUUUUUUCUUUCCAGCGAAAUCUGAAAAGAAAAAAAACCGCUACGCGAGUAUUAUUAUUAUUAUUAUUAUUAUUAUUAUUAUUAUUAAUAGUUAGGUCGACCCGCGUAUAUAAAUAUAUAAUAUGAAAUACUAGUUUCCAGACGAGUUUUACGUAACGAUACGCCGCCGUGCGCCGCGCAAAAGUUGUAGUUUCGAACGCGUAUAAUAUUAAUAUAGAAAGGCGAUCGCGUGAAUUUUUUAUUAUUUUUUUUUUACCGUACGUGAAAUAUGAAAGUAAAUUUGCGAGUAUACUUGUAAAAUUGUGCGCUGACUACGACCACGAGAACGACUUCGUUUCUUAUAUCGCGUCGUGUAUGUACAACAAAGUAAAGUCAGAUCAACACUGAAAAGUUCACAUUUUUUUUGUCUCUAAAUCGUUGCCGCAACAAAUAAUUCAACAUACGAAAUCGUCGAAUUCGGUCAGACAAUUUGAACAAAAUUUACACAUAUACACUUGGAGAAUUCGUGAUGCCACGAGAAGUUAUGACUUUGGUCCAAGGGAAAAAGGGCCUAAAUCAAUGUUUAUCUUUUGUAAUUGUCUCCCCAUUAUUUUUUGGUCUAAAUGGCAUAAGUGUAUGUAUAUUAUAAUACAUUUUUAUAUAGAAACGUUGUAUCUUGUUGUAUUUUAAGUUAGUAUUUAACGUAAUUUUUGUAUAGUAAAACUGCUUACAUCACAUAUAAUUAAAUGACUCAAGCCGUUCAGAACGCCAUAAUUAGGUAUUAGGUUACCGAUUAUGCUAUUAUGUAAUUUAGCAAUUUUCAAAAAUCAAAUUUGCUUGUAUUGAAAACUAUGUAUACAAUUUCAACUCUUCUCUGGGACCAAAUAUAUAAUAAUGUAAUAUGUACAAGAUCUUAAAUUUCGUGCGAACCGGACAGAAAUUCCGAUCGGAAGAAAGUAUAAAUACGGUGCAGUCGCGAUAAACCCGACGAUGCGCGAAUGAGGAAAUAGUAUCGAAUAAUAUUAUGUUAAUAUGCUCGUGUAUGUAUGUAUGUGGGUGUGUGCAGGAGAAAAUGUAUUGAUUAUUGUGAAAACGCGACCAGACACAUAAUAAAUCGCGGAGAAAUCACGAUUUUGUAUAAAUUUGUGUUCGGUAAACACAAUUAACAAAUAAUGAUAAUUAUAAUUUGUAACUAUAUAAUAUACACAAAAAAUUAUAGUGUCUGAUUAAAAAAUAAUAAUAAUAAUAACGACAGACGAGUCAUAUAACGAGUCACAAUAACGCAGAAGAAAAUAAUAUACGAACAAAUAGACUCGAUGUCGUUAAUAUCGGUACCGCACGUUUAAGUCUAUCAUAUUUUAUAAUCUCAAUACCUACAAUAAUCUUUACUAUGAUUAUUUUUGAAAAGUCUUUUACUCCCUUCGUACCUAACCAAAAUCGAUAAAUUAUUACAAACAGUUUUAGAGAACAAAUUACAAUCACAUAUUUUAAUUUAUUUGCACUAAGUUUUCAGGUUGAAUUUGCGACAUGACAAUAAGAACGCAACGAAUAUCCGUUGCUAGAGAAAUGUAAUAGUUUUUAUAAUAUUAUUUUUGUACUAUUUGGUUUUUAAAAUGAAAACUAUUCGCAUGAGCCCACUAUAGUAAUAUUUGUUUAGUCGUCAUGCAGUCGAAAUAUGCAUGGCUCCACCGAAAACGUUUUAAUGUAAAAUUUAUGUAAACUUUACGUUUGGUUAGUAAAAACUUCUGAGCCAAAGUCUGAUAACGGCGGCAGUGAUUUAUAACAAUUUAUCUACAAAAUCCCCAGACGAGAAGUCCUCGCGAUUGUCGUACACUAGAUUAUAAAAAAUGACAUGCGUAAGUUAUUACACUUUUUUUUUUAUAAAAAUAUGUAAUAGGCUCUGAGCCAAUUUCAAUACUAAAAUAUACUUUUAUAAUCUCCGAUAAAACGUAUUAUUAUAAACUCGCCGGAAAACAAAUUUCUCGAAUAACCUAUAACGCGCUGGGUUAUUUUUUUUUUUUUAACGAAUCGAAUUAUUCGCGUAGUGUUUCACUGACCAGUGAAAACGUCUCAUCGGGAAAGUCAUCAUAUAUUAUUAUAUACCUAUAUAUUUGAGCGUUAUUCGCUAUACCCGAAAUCCAAUCGAAUGGGCCAAUUUAAUUAUCUCCACCUGAGUACGUAUUUUAUACGCAGCUGUGUCUUGCCUGUGUGUUUUAAUGUGCGUUUAAACCGUUAUCGCCACGAGGGAAAGCAUAAUAUUAUAAUAACAAGGGGAAUAAUAUUUUGACUAUAACAGUGUAGUAGUAGUAUAUUCGUAAAUUAAUAUUAUAACAAUAAAAAUAAUAUGUAAAAUAUAUAAUAAAUAAUAUACAUAAUAUUAUAUAUUAUUCAAAUGUAUUGCAUUUAACAUUCGAAAAAAAAAAACUAGCCGGAUAUACUUGACGGACCAUGGGUGGGCCACGUAGUUGUAGGUAGAAAAUUGUUAAAUCAUUAAACGGGAGAAAAAAAUACCAUAUCAUCAAGUUCAAGUUUUUCUUUGAUCGCAAUAUGGUCCAAUAUCUCUUUUCGAAUAUGUAAAAUCAAUAAUUUAUUGAACAAAAUAUAAUGUUAAUAUGACAUCUGUGAAUUGCUCUUGAUUACCUAGCUUGGUGAUUAAGAACAAAAAACCGUUUGAAGAAAAAUGAUUAUAUAAUAUACCUAUAGAUAUAUAUAUAUACUUAUCUAGAAUAGUAUCUAUUAUUUACUAAAAAUAAUUUUAAAAAAUAAACAUAAAAUAUAUUAUCUAUAGAUUAAAAGAUAGUUAUCUAGAUUAACUUAGAUGAUUUUAUCAGGAUAAUACUAACCCUGGAUUAUAUGAUCGCAAAUCGUUACCGAACGAUUAUCUACUAUAUUUUAACGGUUGAUCGCGGUAACCUAUAGUUAUCGAUCCGGAUUAUUGAAUCGCUUACACGAUAAUUUAAUCGUAAUAUUUUCGAGCGAAAAAAAAAUCAUUAUAAUGUCGCGUCGCGUCGGUCGUUGGUCAUUGUGCGUGCACCGCGACCGACGAGUUAUGAAAUCGUUUUUUUUCUGUUUUCUUUGGAAAACAAAUUCGUUCGUUCUCCCGUUACCAGAGCCAAUUUCGAAACGCCCAGGAAGUUCGCGCGUGUGGAAGCAAUAUUAAUAUUAUUUUGUAUGUCAGUUCGCCGAGUUCGGUUUUGAGUCACUUAUUAGUUAUAUUAUUUUAUAAUAACCGUCGACAGCUAUUGAUGGCAACGCGGCCGAUAUUUGCGAGGGGCGAGCGGGCGGGUUACUUUGAGGGGGAGGGGAGCGAGUGAUCACGACGACCGUUUUCACCUUGAUCCGAAUAAUGUAAUAAUAUCGUAUUAUAUAUAUUUAAUACGUUUCUCGUAUACCUAUAUACUUGCAAUAUAAAAUUGACGAUUUCGCAAUAUAGAUUCGGCGUUUUUGUGUCUGUCGAACACUAUAAAAUACUUUAAUGCCUGCUUGCCCAUGAUAAUAUUAUGGUCGUUGUUCGAACGUCGAAUGUCCGCGGAAAACAAUCGUAGGGGUGGAAGGAGGGGAGGCGUAAUAUACCUCUGUAUACGGGAAUAAUAAAUAUUAUUACUUAUUACUCUUAUUAUUUAUAUCAACCAAUAUUACGGGUAUACAGGUCCGAGUAUAAUAUAAUACCCGUACAUACGUAUCUAUGUCGGUGCGGCUAGGCGUUCGGCGAUUUUGACACACACACCGUGUAAAAUCCAUUAUUUUUUCAAUAUUAAAUUCUAUGUAUAAUAUAAGCACUACAACUCAUGUAUAUAAUAAUAUCAUAAAGCUAUAUAUGAAAUACGUAUAAAAUAAUACCAUAUAAUACAAUAUUACUACUAUACCUAUAUAAUAAUAAUAACAAACGUUUUCGGUCGAGGUAAGAUCAACGCUCGUCGCGGUGUAUGAUAUAUUAUUUUAUAAUAGCAAUAUUUUUGUAUUUUGUAAACCGUCUUACAUACUAUAAUAUAUACCGCACGAGCCACAAAACUCGUAUAUAUUGUUCAUAACCUCUUGUUGUCAACUACGAUUGACAUGCGAGAUUUUUUUUUGGUGAUUUUUUAACCCUCCGGAUCGCGCGAAAUGGCGGAGGCAGCUUAUACAGCCUCAACGACUGUAGGUCACGCUAUCCUCGAACAGUAUUUCUUGAAAACAAACGAGUAGCUACGAACUUACUCGGGGACCAAAGGUUUUUCGCAUUUGUAUUACAUAUUAUUUAUUGUAUCAUUUAUAUUUAUUGUCGUUAUUGUCGUCGUCGGACCGCAGCGUAUACAAUGAUGAUUGCAUAAUCCCCAGAAUAUAAUAUAGUAAAAUAUGAUGGAAUAUUAUUAUGCCGUUUUUUAGUUAUUUCCAUCGAAUACGUGGUGGCGCCCUCCCUCGAGAUAGGUUAAGUUAGGUUCAGUUUGACAAAAAAAAAAAGGUUAGGUUAGGUUAGGUUUCGCUUCAGUGCGUUGCGUGCACUGUAGGUAUUACACCUACAACUAUUGCGAGCCGCGGUCCUCGCGACGGAUCGUCGCCGGAGAAAUAUCGAAACGUGUCGUAACAACCCAAAUGCCCAGCCAACCUAGACUACUCUAUGCCGUCACCACCGCCGCCGCGGAUAAAUACCGAAUAUCCUCCCGGUCGUCACUCAAGUGUUACGCGUGCGAGCGUAUACCGUUCCGCGCGUAAAACUUGCAAAGGUUAUACCCACGACCGUAUUAUUACAUUUUUUGUUUUAUUUUUGUUUCUCAUAAUCUUUAUUUUUAAUUUUUAUUAUCGUUAUUACUAUUGUUUUUUUGUCUCCGGGGCACGCUCGUGUACUGUCCGCGGACCGAUAAGCGCACGUGCCGGAUAUUAUUAUGAUUCUCUCUGGGCCACCGCGGUAGCCGAACCGCAAAACUGUUUUGGCUAGGUUAGGUCGACGGGCGUCAUCGAAAAACUCACUGACCUAACCUUACCUAACCACAAAUCAUGGGCGUUAAGGGCGUUAUACCUCUGCAGCAGCGGGCGUCGUUUGUCGUGUCGUGUGUAUUUUUGUCGUACUCUGGUUAACCGUCGAAAUAACAAUCGAACGGCGUUUUACUCGAUGAACUACCGGGAAAUGUCCAAGUUUGAACAGUUAGAUUUAUUCCAAUUUUAUUUCGAUCUCUACGGACAACCUAAUAUCGAGAACGAUUGAUCGAGGAAAACAGAGGAUAGAAAAGGCAGAAAGUCUCGUCUGUGCUAUAAAAGUUAAAAAUUUCAAAUUUUUGUAAUCGUGGUGAAAUACAUGGCAAUAAUUACACUUAGGUAUAAUCACACUUAUGGUCGUAAAGUAUGAACUGUCAACUAGCGUGACAAAAUAAAUGUAAGUUUCUGAUAAAUAAUUCGAGAAAGAAAAACUGUCAUUUUUUAUUUGACAAAUUUUCUAGGGUACUAAGUACAUCAUAAAAGGCAAUAGAAUACAAUGGAUAAUGGAAAAUGUAAUAAGAAGAAAUGAAGUUGAGGCUAUCAGAAGUAAUUAUACAACGGACCAUGGAAAAAGUGGAUUAAGAUAAUAAAAUUAGGAAAUAUUAAGGUAACCUAACCUAACCUAACCUAACCUAACCUAACAAAUAUGACCUUUAAGGAGUGCAAGAUUAGAACAAAUGCAAGUACAAGAUAAGAGUUUCUGUAGCCAUUAUUAUAAUUUUUUUAGUCUUAACAGAGUCUAAGUCAAUCAAAGACAAAGAAAAAGUUAAUCCUAAAAGCAACUUUCCCCUUCAAAAUCCGUAGUAUGAAAUAUAGCUGUGAUACCACCUUAUACCGACAUAGGUGAUAAUAAAAUAAGCCAAUUGGCAGGUAUUACCCAGUUAAGUUUACUUCUAUUCGCGUACCAGAGAACCGUAACAUCGGACAAUAAAAAUAAACUAUGCGUAUAAUUAUAAAAAAGUCGCACAUCCAAGUCAGGUCCGGGUAUGUAAUUGACUUUGUAAUAGUAAUAUAAUAACACAAAUAAUUUAUUACUUCAUUGUAUUUGCGUACUUAUGCGACCACGAGUGACGGUAGUCACUGCUGGUUACGGGUCGCCGAAGACCCGGCCCCGGCUGCUAUGUUCCGACGGAUAUCAGCGGACGCAUACUUAAAUAUAGAUGCAAUCACUUGGCAAACGAAAUAAUAUACCUUUUUGGUUACUUAAUACUUAUGUAUAUAUUAUAUUUUCGUGGUAAAAUAAGAUAAUGGUUUGCAAUCGCAUAAUUUCUAUACUAUACAAUUUUUCCAGCUAAAAGUAUAAAGAAAAUGUCCCUAUGAGAUGGGAUCAGAACACUCUCAAGAUACCUCUGUUAAUACCUGUUGUAAUAAGCGACAAAUGGGACUGCGUCAGGUCAACAGCCGGUGUAAAAAUUUUAUCAAAUAGUUUGAGGAUUCCUAAACAAAGCUUCGGUGAAUUAUCUCAUUACGGAUGUAAGUGGAAAUAAAAAAAAAAUAACAAAAGAAUGUGUAAUAUAGAAUAAAGUGUGGUUGGAUAAAAUGGAGUGUAGCAUCAGGUGUUUUAUGUAAUAUGAUAAUUUCAAUGAGAUUUAUGGGUAAGUUCUAUAAGAGUGUUUUUUUUUUUUUUUUUUAAAUAAAAAUUACUAUUUUUUAUUGCUUCGUAUCCGCACACACAUGAAAACUUUUUUCGUAAAUUAAAAACCAAUUUAAAUCUCAAAAUCAAAAAAGAUAAAAGGAAGCUGCAGUCGUUCAUUCAUCGCUGCAGUCUCUCGUUUCUUACCCAUCCACUACCAGACUGCGAUCAAAUCUAUUUUUUAAACUUUCGAAUUAUUAACAAAUAUAUAUUGACAACCAAUAUAUAUAUAUAUAUAUAUAUAUGGUCACGCAUACGUUGUAAAUUCCGCACGAAUGAUAUAUUGUGUUUUUCUCGCAAGGGUUUACCAGCCUAUUCACAUGCGCGUGUACUAUUAUUAUUUUUGUUAAUCGGACGUGGUCAAGGGGAACGAUUUUCCCAUGCGCCGUUUAACCUCGUCAGCAGACAUAAAACACAACAACGACUGGGUUUUUGACGUACUUACAUAAUAAUACGUGUGUAAACGCGGUAGUUAACCUUAUAUUAUUGUAAACGUACCGAAAUAAUUACCGGGCAAUUAAUAACCGUAUCAUAACGCUGCAAGAAUAGACACUCGCGUACACUAUUAUCAAAGCAUUGUGCGAAAGGUCCGUGGCCACCUUGUCCUUGUCUCAAAAAAAGAAAAAGAUAAAAAGAACGACCUUAUUUAUACCGACGGGUUGCUGUUAGUCGGCUGUAUGUAUUAUUGAAGAGUAUAUUUCACGGUUGAUAACGCGAUAUCCUUUGUUGUUCUGCGGGUCGAGAAAAUUUUAAAUUGGGCGCUGAACAGGCGCUGCAGUUAUUACCCAUAUACUCAACAGUAAUAAUAUUUCGAUUGCGAGACUUCUUGAACGGUGAUGGCAAAAAAAUGUGGCGCCAUCCUUGUUUACGACACGGAAAAAAUUCGCCAACCGAUUUCCACAGACUGCAAUGAAGUCAUCGGAUACCUGAUAUAGACGACCGCAAUAAAUUAUCAUCCUAUAUAGACUUAGCAGUCGGAUACUCGACGCUAAGUGAUUUUUGUUUCAAUACGCGCGUUUCGUCUUCGAAUGAUCAAGGUGAUUAUCAUAAUCCCCGUCAUAUUAUAAUAAUCGCCAAAUGUACGUACAUCACAAUAAUAUUAUAGUGAACUAUAAUAAUGUAAGGCUUCAUCGGUCGGUAUCUAUAUACUAAGCAGCGAAUCUAAAUCUUUAGAUCUCGUAAAUAUCGCGUCCUCUAACAACUUCUUUUCUAUAAUCCUCUCUACGAUGACUAUGAUCGAUCGAUAUCAAUGUCUCACCAUACGUACAAAUAAAACAAGUCGUUUUAAUAAUUAUUAUUAAGAAAUCGACGACGACGCGAUAAAUUCAUCAGACUGUUGACGAAUUUCACACAGACAAGGUUAUAGGUUAGGUAACUGCCUAUACAUAUAAAUUAUGAAACAAGCAACAUUACUGCUAUUACUAUUGAGAAUAAAGAUUUUACAGGAGAUGAAAGAGAAAAAGACUCGAUUUCGUAUAGGAGUAUUUCGAAUUUUUUCACAAACGGCCGAGAGAAAUUUCUUGGGAGCCCCUGGAUGAUCUUGAGAAUCAUAUAAAUUAGUACAUGGUACACGAGUAUAUAUUGUAAAUUGUACAAAUUCCUUCAAAAAAUUACCUGAAUUCGUCAACUUCAUAAUAUUAAAAAUAUGUCAGUAGUAAUACAUAAUCAAGGCAGAUAAAAUAAUAAUAGUAUGCGAUAAGGAACAAAUAUUAUUACAGACGCAUUUUUUCUUAAAUAGUAUUCCAUUUUCUUGCAAAUAGCUGCUCGUCAUUAAGUAAUACGAUCGUAUUUUACGAUUCAAUUUAAUUAAGAGAGAGGGUGUUAAAAUGUGUCAAAUACGAACGGUAUUCUUCAAUAUCUAGCCCCACAUAAAUACGCGACAUCGAUGUCACCGGUCUGUAUAUCAUCAUGGAAGAAAAAUGAUAGAACUGAAAAAUAAUGCUAAAAUUUGGAAGAUGCCAAAAAUAAGAUAACGAUAACAAUCUACUUAAAAUACAAUUUACAGAUGAAAAACUGCACCGAUUGCCAUCCAUCACUGACCCACUAAAAAAAAAAAUUCCAAAGAAUUUAUUGCAGUACUGACUGACUUAAGAUCAGCGACACUCGUGGCAUGCGUAUUUAACCUAAACUAAGACAUUUUUUAAUUCGACUUUCACUGUGCAAAAAACACGUGUACCCGUAAGACCAACGUAAUAACGCUCUGAUUUACUGCCGAUUGAGUCGACAUUACUAUUAUUAUUCGUAUUACGUCGACUAAUUGUGUUUGCAAAACGUUUUCGCCGCCGCGCCGUUGUUGAGUUGUGGCAAUUUUCGUCCGUCGAAUAAACGAGGUUACCACUGCGUAAAAAAAAAUAAAAAUUUAAAAAAAAAUACACUUUGUCGCGUGCGAUAUAGGUGAGGUGUAAAACCACUUACCUGUAGUUAUCGGUGCGUAUACCAAACCCGAAUCGAUUUCGACCGCUGGUAGUACCCGCGGUCGAAAUCAGUAACCUAUACCUACUCCGUCGAUAUAAUAUGUAUUAUUAUCUACACAGCGCAUUUUUAUAACAAUAAUAUUUUACUCUAUCGGUUUUGAUAGGAGGUAUAUACGUAUUAUAUGCGUCUUGUCUCGAGUAAAUAAUAAUAAUAAUUACGAGUAGGCGUGUUUAUAAUAAUAGGUCGUGCAUACAUUGCGCAGCGUGUGCUAAAUCAGCCGAAAAUCUCAAUUUUUCUCUCUAGUAUCUAUUAUAAAUGUAAUUAUUAUUUUUCCCUCUACAUUAAGUACGGUCAACAUUAUAAUAAUAUUGUAAUUUUUGAUUAAACAACGGUGUUUUGAAAUCCCUAUAUUUAAUAAUAUAAUAUCAUAUUAUAUAUCAUAUUAUCGUAUUAUGAUACCAUGCUUAUAAUUUUAGUACGUAUACUAAAUAAUAAUUUUUGUAUUUAUAUAAUAUAUACUAGCUAUCCCGCCCGGCUUUGCCUGUGCCCAUUUUUCAUUAUUAUUUUUUACCCAUAUUCCUUUUUGGUUUAUGUGAGCAUUGGUUGACAAUUUUUUUACCUUUAAAUUUGAUAAUAGGCAAACAAAUUCUAAUAUUAAAACUAACAUCAAAAAAUCGAUUUUCAAAUCAUACAAAAUGUAUAAAUACGAUAUUAACAGAGUUUACAGUAUCAACCGUAACAUAUAGGUAUAUUUGAAUUUUUACUUUAAAAAAAUAUAUUUAAUGAUUUAUUUAUAACUGAAGAAAAAAAAAGCUAUUUUUCCAAAACCACGGUGUUCAAUUAACCUACGACGAUUUUCAUUGAUCAAAAUACUAUUUUAUUUCUAUUCAAGAGUCUUAGGUUACCGACCUCCAAUUCUACAGAUACAUGUAUAAUAUUUUAUAGGCAGUUGAUAUAAUUCGUUCAUCAAACCGUCAUAAACUAUGUGAUUCAUUAGAUAAUAACGUAACAUUUAAAUCGCAUUAUAAUUAUCUCUAGAAUAAAAAUAAUAUUUAAAAACUGUUUACCAUCAGAGUUCGACAUUAUCUAGUGUUUUUAUUUUAUAGCCAGUAGUUUAAUAUCUACCUAUAUAUUUUACCCAUAUAAGAAUAUUAUAAAUAAGAAGUGCCGAGAUGUCUAGCUACCCGGGUAUAUACAUACCUGUACGACCAGAUGCGUUUGUGUUAUAGCGGAGAUCAUGAUAAUAAUAUUAUUAUUAUUAUUAUUAUUAUAAUCAUAACCCGAGCACGCCGCCGUUAAAAAAUAAUAUAACGGUGAUAAUAAUAAAAAUAAUUGUCGACACUGCAGUUAGUAUUGCUCGUGUUGAAUUUCAAUUCAGACCGCAUGCUCUGCAGCCGAUACUCUCUUUGAAGUGAUGGUACAAAAAAAAACUUAUUGCCGAUUGGACGAUGAUAAUAAUAAUAUGACGUAGUCUCAUGCCCGCGAACUUUUAAACUGGAAUUAUUUUCCAGUUUUCAUUACCGGUUCCCGGUUUAUUAAUUUAUGUUUUUUUUUCGCUUUUGGAGAAAUCCUGUUUUUGUUCAUUGCGCGUGCAGUCAAGAUAAUAAUAAUUUCUAUAUAGUAUACACUUCGAAAUCACGACGUUUCGCAACUAUUAAAUCGCCCGAUAAUCAUCAUCGUCAUUAUAAACAUAAGCGGGCUAUAUUAUUAUCGGGUGUAAUACAAAACACACGCGACGAUCCGAAGGAAUAUACAAUAUUAUCUCGAACAUUAUACGUGUAUAUACGAAUCGAAUGGUUUAAUACAAUAACCAGAUAGUACCCAUAAUAAAGGAAAGAGGCACCUGGGCGACCGGAUAAAGCUGAGAAUGAUUUAGAAUGCUUAGGAGUGAGAAACCGUUUAUAAAGAAAUCGGCAUUGAUAUUGAGACAGACAGAAAUAAGUAUACUAUGUGAUGUCGGUGUUUGGGCUAAAUGGCCUAUAAAUCUGAAGUAAGAAGAGUCAGUAAGUUCCGACUUUUAGCAAAAUUCAUGUUUGGUGAUUUCCGAUAGAGAUUAGUGUCCGUAAGCGAUUAAACAACAUUUUAGAUGAUUUCAGUAAAAAAUCCUUACUUGACUUUAUCUCUAAACAACAUAUUUACAAUUUUAUGUAACUAUAAUACGCAUCACUAAGUAAUAUUUUUCUCGAUUCGAUCUAAAAUAUUAUACGGUCUCAGGUCCGAAAUUCGAAGGAUUUUCUAGUAUCUUUCUCUUUCUGUCUCUCUCUCUUUCUCUUUGGACACCCUGACCUAAGCGGCUCGGUCGGACGACGAGGAAGUCUUAUCAUAUUACAAUAAUUUACUAUUAUUAUUUUAUAUAUUGCAAUAAAAAGUUUGACAAUGCCGCUGAAACAAUAUUAAUAUAUAGUCACGUGAGAACUGAGAACUACGUCGGGUUGCUUUCGAAAAAAAACAACUCUCGGCCGUCACCACCGCCGAUCAGAACUCUAAACUAAAGAACAAAACAAACGUUUACGAAUUUAUAAUAUUGUUUUAAUUAUUAUUAUUACUAGUACGAUUUCACAGAGUAUAUUAUAAUAUAGUUGCCAAGUCGUCACCGUGAGAUUUGACAUAUAUUAAAAUGGAAUCGUCGUUCGUGUGGUAAAUGCACUUGUUGUACCUAUACGAACACUGCGUCGCGCAAUUGUGACCGAAAAGCGAAAUAUAAUUAUUAUUAUUUUUACUUAAACAUGAACAAUCCAAAUAAUAUACUUGUCGAAAACGAGAUUGUAUAUUGUAGUAUGUAUUACAAAAAUCAUUCGAAAGGCAAACAAAAUAUAUUUUUUUUAAUUUCCCAUGACUUUCAACACGACGUGGUUUUUCAUUUUAAUUUUUACAAGCGAAUUCAAGGAUAUUUUCAAUUUUCGUAACAAAUUUUUCAAAAACCCUAAAAUUGCGCAAAAUCGUUAAAUCUAAAUAAUGUGCAAAAAACAGCUUAUUGAACAUACAAGUACUCCACACGAACAACCUACAAUAAAACUACACGUUCGGUACCUCGUAAAUAUUACGACUUUUACGCGUAUAACCGAAUUCCGCUCAGAAUCGUUCUUUGUUAGCAUUGAUUAAUCGUUGCGUACAUCCAUACAUCCAUAUCCGAAUCUUCCCAUACAUAUCCUGCCUUCCCAACUUCUCCCCUACAACAGUGUCCCCCCCCAUCAAAAGUAUAUCAAUCUUUUUAUUAUUAUAUCUGUUUGAUAUAGUAAAAUACGACAUCGUAUUAUCGCUAAUUACCUGCCCUAUUCAAUAGCUACGAGCUGACGGAUCUUCGUACGAAGCUCGAUCGAACGUCGGCCAAAUCCGGCUCUGCCCGUAUGAUGCAGAAAAGCGGGGGGCAAACUAUAUAGUGUCGAUUUUCCACCGGAUCUUGGUCACCGAUCACCUGGCCCGGAGCGUUCGGAUUGCACAACAAACGCGCGUGUCACAUAUAUUAUAAAUAUUAUAAAGAAACAAUAAUUAUUGUAUUAUUAUUGUUAUCCGACGGGCACGACGAUGACGCGUGUUGACGUUACGACAACGGAAGUGGCGUCGUCGCAUUUCUCUCGGCCGUAUACGCGCGUUCGCGUAUAACCGCGCGCGGUAGUGAUAUGGCGACCUUGAAGUCGAUCGUGAUGGUCAAAAGCGUGUAUGCCCUCCAGACGACGAAUGUUGCUGCGGUAAUAACAAUAAUAAUAAUAAUAAUAAUAAUAAUAUAAUAUAAUAGCAGCUCGGCUAGAAAGUAAAAACUAUACGAUUGCGGCGGCGUUUCUCGCGCGAUACGUCCAGCGGCAGCAGCAGCAGCAGCAACAGGCUCUGGCAGCGAGAGAGUGAAAGCAACAGGUGGACAGCGGCGGUGGAUUCGACGGACACUCGUCGUGGAAAAAAAAAACGCACGCGCGAUAUCAUUCGUCAUAUUAUUAUUACUAACAUUGUUAUUAUUGCUGUUAUUUUGUUAUUGUGUGGGCAGUGUGCAACGCGACGACGUCGUGAAUAUUAUCGCCGUUACUGUCGUAGUAACGGCGGCGUGCACGGAUAAUAAUGUCGUUAUUAUUAUAAAAUUAUUGUACGCGCUGCAAAGAAAUAGUGAAUAGAAGUACAACACGGACGGCGGUGUGACAGAGUUUGUGUAAUACGUUUUUCAAAUUUGUGAGCCUCGGCAUAUGCGCGUGUCCGCGUCAUCGUCACUGCCAUCCGAGGGCGUCCCCGUGGACCGGGGUUCGCAAUAUUAUUCGUCGUGUCGUGCGAAAUUGAAUUAGUUGGCGUUCUAUGGCGCGACGGUUGCUUAUGACGAUAGUAUGCAAAUAAUAAAUAAUAUUAUUAUUAUUAUUAUUUUUUUUUUUUUUUGGGGGGGGGGGGGGGUUUCAUUCAUUGAGACCAUACCGCCAAACAAAUUCCUCUCCAUCCAUUUAUUUCUUCUGCUGCUACCCUCCACGGUAUAUCUGGUCGAAUCUUUCCCACGUCCGCUUUCACACAGUCUUCCCAAUGUAAUCGUGGUCUUCCCAGUGGCCUCUUACCGAUAGGAUUCUCCUCGAUAAUCGAAUUACUUAAAAAUAAACUAUUGAGCCUAUUUUUCGCCACGCAUGACUUGUCCACAUCAGCCUCCUCUUUUUAAUCUCUUUUGUAAUUUCUGGUCUUUUAAACAGUUCUUCAACUUCACAGUUGUGACGUUUACGCCACUUUCCCGUGUGGGUGUCGAUGCAGGGGCCUCCUAAGAAUUCCCCUUCGAAAAAUUUUAAUCUUGUUUUCUCCAUUUUUCUUAGUGGGUAUAUAGUUUUCUGAUGCAUAUAGUAUUAUAGGUCUUAUAAGGAUCAUAUAUAUCUGUAUUUUCAGGUUAACUGAUGAUAUAGUUCUUGAGCUCAAUAUUUUUCCAAGGUCAAAAAAGGUCCUAUUACCCUUAAUAUAUAAUAAUAAAACGGAUAUCCAGUAUUAAUCUCACAAUCGACGACCUGCUAUACCAGAAACAGCUCUAUCGCAACUUCCGGUAACGUAGACACGAUCAAAAUGUAUCUACUACGAUAAUAUUGUAAGCCAAUAGUAUUUCACACGCACGACGAGUUGAGAACGACGCCUAAGUGCACAAUCAUUACUUUACUCGGGUAUAGUAUCCCGGUGCCGAUUCUGCAGUUCCAAAAUGUAUACGGCCGCGUGGCACCCUUAGAAAUUAAUAUUGUUUGCAGUGUCUUAAGUUUUAAAAUCUGCAGAGUAUCAAGGAAGAACCAAGGAGAGCCAAGGAAUGUAUAAUAUGUGGUUUUAUGUGUGUUAUGUAGUUUUUCAGACUACACCAGUGAGCAACCAGUAUUUUUUCAAGAAAAGAGGUCCAAAGAUUUAUUUUUUCACAAAACUGUUAAUUAUUUCUCCACAGCAAAUUCCAAAUUAAAUAGACUAUGUGUACAGUCUAUACGACAGGAUCCAAAGGAGAAAAAGAGGGGACUACGAUUGGAUAUUUUAAACUUAAUGUUACCUUAAUGAGGUAGGCCUUAUUCUCAAUACUUGCCACCUACAAACAGUGGCUUACCAGUAGUGCUGGUGAAAAAUUUGAGGAACCCUUGGCAAUCGCUGUAGCCUCAUUGUGGAACCCUUAUAUAGUUUUCAUAGAACGGCAGAACACACACUCUGGAAACCACUGCUCCGUAACCGAUAAGCUUUAUUCGUCGUCAAAAUCUGUCCAGAAAUCGAAAAAGUUAAUUAAUUUCUGUGGUUAUUUUUUUGUUGUAUUACAUAUUAUGUUUUCAAUUUCUCUUAUCGUUUGUCCGUUGAAAAAUGCAAUCGUCGCCGUAUCGAUAUAGGUACCUAUAUAAGAUUAGAUUAGAUAUAGAGAAAUCGCGUUUAUAUACCUAUAUGUGUGUAUACGCGCCGUUGUCGAAUUUAUUUAUUAUCCAAUCGUAUAAAAAAAAAAAACCAUGUCAUUCCGACAUAACUUCCUAACAUGUACAGUUCUUUCCCUAACAAAAACUUAUUACCUAUUAGAUAUCAAGAUACAUAGCUGGUAUUGUAUGCAUUUCACUGAAAAAAAAACUAUACAAUUAUUACUAUUAUAUUAUAUUAUAUUAUAAAGUAACUUUUUACAUAUUUAUAUACGACAAUUAAUGUGAACGGCGUAAAUACUUCUGCUACGCACAUUUAGAAAUAAUAAUCGUGAUUAUGUAAUACGUAACAGGUAAUAUCAAUGAAUGAAUAUAAUAAUCAAAUUAUAAUUUGAUACCAUACUCGAUGAUGUUGAUGUCCUCUAUUAGUAUAUAUAUAUAUAUGUAUGAAAACAUAUCGAAACCGUUCUGUUUUCAAACUAUGCGAAUAAGUAGACUGCUGCAGCAGUUAAAAAAAAAAACACCAGAGUGUACCCAAAUACCUACUUAAUAAAAUAUAAUAAUAUACUUGCAGUAUGCUGCUGCAGUCGUUGACUUUUUUUUUAUAUAAUAAUUAUUCUAUGGUUACCAACACAAUUAUUAAAAACGCGCUCCGCACGAAACCCGUCGUCGUAUAAUUCGUUCGUUUAAUUGAUGAGCAAAUCACCUCCGGCUGAUUCCUUGACCAAUUUGAUAAUAAUAUUAUACUUAACAGUUAAGCAAUACACAGUAAUAAUAUUAUACGUUCUUUGCACGUACUCGAUGUUGGUCGUUAUUUUAUUUACAGUAUACCUAUACUGUAUAUACCUAUAUAUAAUAUCACUAGUUCGUGAUCAUUUUAUGUACCGUAUAUCAUAUAUAUUAUUAUGUUGUAUACUAUAGUGUGGAGGAUUUCUUGCGGUUAGUUCGUCAUAAUAUUAUUGCUUAUAAGUCAAAGCAGAUGACAGACCACGCGUUACACUCGUUUUAUCUAUAGAUAACACGUUGAAACCAACAUGAUAUAUGCGAGAGACAUAGACUCAUAUUGUAGACUUUUUCAAUCAGAUUAUAGAAAAAAUAUAAUUAAUUGAGAAUAAUUGAGCACGAGAUCAGAUAAUUCGAGAAGCGACAAAAUGGAUGUCUAAAGUGUAACCUUUUCAAGUAGAACGACCACUAGGAUGGUCAAAACAAAAGUCAAUGACUGUGUAAAUGCUAGGAGUACUAUACGGCGAAUAAUUAGUAAAUUAGAGAAUCAUAGAGAGGCGUGAUAAAUGUAACGAAGCGAACCUGAAUGGCUUCUAUUAAGUCAUGGAAGAAAAAAGAAGAAUUGAAUAUCUUGACAAAAUUGCAUACAUUUUAAACACGGACUAAGAUACAAUAAUGGACUGGUAUCAAAAAGUUUAUCAGUGACAUUAAAUUGGCAUACAAGAGACAAUUAAUUAUGGGGGCUGACUACUAUGUAAACUGUUGAUUCACAUUCUAUAAUAUCUAAUGAUUCUAACAGAGUUAAUAAUCUGCUUCUUUCAUGAGUUUAUCGGCUUUCAAAACCAUCCCAUCACACAUUUAAUCCUUAAAUUCUCGUCAGCUGAUCUUAUAUCCUUUCAACUUUUGACUCUCCAUUUACAGAUUCUAAUUCUAUACUAAUCACAUCUUCCCACCUUAAACGAGGAUAUUCAAAGGUCUUUCAUUUUCUCUUCCAUUAACCAUGGUUAGAUGCAUAAAAGUGGAUUUCGACUUCGCCAAGCAUGGUUUAUAACCAUACCGAUACCCGUCCAUUGCAUCUUGAAUGAUUUUAAUUUGUUUGAACGUUAUUCUUAAUAGAACCUAUUCAAUAUCGUAUCUUAAUUAUUAUCGAAGAUUGUUAUACAACCGCAAUUUAUAAUCUCAUUUAAAAAAUCUUAAAACUAAAAACUUAAAGUCUGUUUCUUCUCAUUCAUGACAGUAAUACUAUUAAGUAUCUAUUUAAUGUUUACUAAUGUUGUAGUCUAUCUAUUAUAACUUAUAAACCUAUGGUGUAUUGACUAUGCAGUAAUAAUAACAUAUCACGACGGAGCCAACAAUGUUGCGUAUGUUAUGUACCACCUACUGAAUUUUUCUAAAAAGUUGUACAUAAAUAUUGAAUUACAUAUUAUUAUAAUAUCUUUAUAUAAGUACUCGAACAUUUAAAUACAACCUUAUAGUAAUAACACUAUAAUACUAUAUAAUCCGACCGCGUGAUCUACAUUUAAAACGCAUAAUAUAUAUAUAUAUAUAUAUAUAUAUAGAAACUUUCACGUUUUACACAAUCUAGUAAUAAUAUAAACUGCAUCUAGUCGAAUAAAAGUAAAACUCGACAAUCCGUUUUUGUGUAAGAAUAAACCUGUGCAGGCGCGAUUUAAUUAGAAAGGGAAAGAUCGAAAUAAAAAUACGAGCAGUAUACUCGUCAUAUAAUACGCGAUUUGUAUAAUUGGUCAAUUUUUACAUUUUCGAGUUAUAAUUCAUACGAACGCGAUAAGUAAUAUAAUACCAAUAUCGCGUAUUUGUCUAUCAAAUCAAUGUGUUAAAUAACUUUAAUUAUAUGAACAUAUUAUUACUGAUCAAUAAAGAUAUUAGUAGUUUUGAAUUAAUUUGGAUUAGCUAUUUACUUAUCUAAACGAAAUAAGAAUUUCCAUUGUCAAAACGAUAUAAAAUAAUAAUUCGUACAUCAUAAUAAGGGUAUUAUAAUAUAUAGUAGAUAUAAUAUAAUAUAAUAUUAUAGAUAAUAGAGGAACUUAACUAGCAAAACUUAUACCUGAGUCGACCAAAUAGAUAUUUUUUUGAAUACUGCAUUCAGCCAAAUCAACAUAGAUAAAAAAAAAAAAAAAAUUCGAUGUAUACAUAAUAUAUUCUCAUAUUUAUUUUAAUUAUAAUAAUUUAAAUGCAAAUUUCAUACUGUUGAAACUCGAAUAGUGUGUACAUAUAACGUAUAAAAUUGAAUUUUAAAUUUUGAUACCUUGCAGGAAUGAAAUAUACGUACAAUAAUUUUGGGGUCAAUUACACGGUGAAAAAUUAUCAUUGUUGUUCAGAAUAUUAAUCGAUAAAAAAUGUAAUUUUUGUUUUUUAAAAAUUUGACGGAUCAUCAUUUUAAUAACCGUUUUCACUGAUCUUCUCUGCGAAACACAUUUUCCCAUCUACUUGCUGCUGCUGAUGCUGCAAUUACGUGUCUACCUGAUCAAUUGUUACUGUGCGGUCAAAAUGUGUGCAGGCGAAUGAAAGUAUUUUAGCCUAAAUACGUUCAAUAUGAAAUCGAAGGUGAUUAUAAAGUGUACAAUAUAAUUUGUACACAAGAGGAAAAUAAUAUUAUACUAAUUGAGAGCAUUCCGAACGCUCGAGUGAUACGUUACUAACGUAGUGAUACGUUUUGUCGAUGAUGGUAACUGGAAAUGUAAAUCAAAUAACAGUAUUUUUGUAAACCCCCAUCUUGUGAUUAACGAUAAACGACAGUUUCACAAAAAUCUCCAAUUUUUUUUCAUUUCGAAUGAGUGUAUUGAAGAAGUUAUUAAGGUAAUUUUAUCAAGAUGCAUUUUUUUCCCUCGGCAAACUGCACUAUUUGAUAAGUAAAAAUGAUCCAAAACGUUUACAUCUUUAUACCUUAAAAGAAUCUGAUAUAAUUAUGUUUUCAAAAACUGUCGACAGAAUACGACCAAGUCCAUUAGGUUUUUAUCAACAAAUUUAUACAGCUCAAAAAAAGGAAAAGUUAGAUUUUCAAAUUUAAUUUUCUACACUUUGGAUUCACGCUUGAAUUUUGGCCCUCUCUUCCUGAGUUCCUUUGGUUAUGGAGGGAAAAAAUGUUAUCCAUCCUAUAACCAGUUCACCAAACUCCGUUAAAAAUCGUUUUUUAUCCCGGCUUAUCGACUUCCCACUAUUUUUUGUGUUAUACUUGACUACCUAUAUAUAUAUAUAUAUGUUUUAUAUUCGAUCGAACCCCGCGAUUUUGUCCGCGUGCACUGUAAAACAGGUAUAUAGUAUAAAAAAAAAUAUAUACAUAAUACAGACGCGCAAUUUGUACUCCACUGCAGGUACGAGUUGUUCACUACUAGGUAUAUAAACUCAAUACGUGGGUAAGUCCCAGACAUCCAAGACUUGAGGUCGAAUCGUCCAGUGUAGUACUGCAGUGUACACGCGGGGUCCGUGGAUAAAUGUUCAACAAAAUAUAUACACGUCGGGUUUGGAUUGAAUCCAAAAAAAAAUAUCGGACGAUCGUUUAUAAGUAUUGGGUGUUAGAUUUUGAUGUCGUGCCAGAAAGACUGCUGCUGCAGGCAUGCAGUAUGUUCGCAAGCCGCCGGAUAACUGGCUACCGAAUUAUACUCGAUAAUGGUUUCACUUAGGACCUCAGAACGGUUACAAGGGAUGUGGAUACUUUUCUCCAAAAAUAUUUUUUUAAUCGAUUCAAUUUUUUUCAAUAUUAUGAUUUGAUAAUGAUUGAUUGAUUGAUUUAUUUGAUUAUGAUAUGAUAAUAUUAAAAAUAUUUAAGAAGUAUGUAUCAGUAUAAAAAUUCCUAUAGAAAUUGUUUUUACGGAUUUUAAUUUUAAAAAUAGAUUUGUAUUAAAGAAUACAAAUUUAGAUUCUUUAGAUUCUUCGCUAAGAUUUUUAAAAAGAAGAAUUUCAACGUAUCCUAGUUAGGAAUCCAACGAAUCAUAAAACGCUUCCAAAUUGAAAUCCGUCAAAUUUAAUUCUAACAGUUUUGUCUAACUUUUUGGUAUAAAACGUUAUAUUCGUCCAUAAAAAUGGCCCUUUAAAUGAAUAUCGGCAGAAGAUCACUAAGGUGGACAUUGAAAUGAAAACAACGUUUACAAAUUUUAACGAGUUUCCUUUAACGAGUUAAAUUCAUAGCUUUUAACUUUAUUAAUUGCAUGUAUUAACAAAAAGCUUUUUUUUUUUAAAAUUUAACAAUAACUUAAGAAACUAAAUUGUUUUCAUUAUCUCGACCACACCUUUAAAAAUAUUAUACGCAUCUAGGUUUCGAUUUCGAGAUUUCAUGUUGCCAUACCAAGGUGUAACUUGCACAUUUAUAUGAGUAAUUAUUACUAUCGUGUGCGGUAUGAUAUUUUAUAAAUACAAAGUGUAAUAAUAAUUACGUAUAGUGUACCCUUGAAAUUAAGUAUACUUGUAUUAUUAUCGUAUGUGUGAAGAUUCUAGAGUGCAUUAUUAAAAAACAAAAUUAAAUACGAUAAAUACGCGCGAUAAUAUUAAAUAUCUGUUAUCUUUGCAUUGUUCUAUACUAAUCAUUAUGAUAUUAUAUUAUUAUGUUUACCGAAUACUGGCACCCAAUAGCUAGUUUAGCUAGUUGUUUUAAAUCGAAAAACCUGUAAGCAUAUUAAACCUAGGUACACAAAGUGUUUAAUUUGCCUCGGUGUAAUAACACACGCGAGUUCUUAAUUAUUAUUAAUUUUUCUACAAGGCAUAAAACGUAAUCGGAUAGUAGCAAUGAACUAGUGUAUACACACACACACACACACAAACACACACACAUAUAUAUUAGGGUUUAAUUCCAUUUCCAAUUAUUAAAAUUUUCCGUGAUGAUAAAACCCGGGUUCGCGCUAAAAUUAAUAUAAACUAUAAUUAUAUAUAUAUAUAUUUUUUUUUUAUAAUUUAUUCAAAUACAUAAAUCAUAAUACUGUUGCAGAUAUAUUAUAGAAGUUGUUGUAUAAAUAUAACAAUAUAAAAAAGAAAGCACCGUAGUUGAAUGCAAACACUGCGCGAAAAGUCUGCUAUAAUAAUAUUAUUAUACUCUUGUUCUAUAAUAAUCAAUUGUCCACGGGUGGCGUAGGAGUGGAUAUUAUGAUACGAACACACAUGCGUAUAAUAUAAUGUACGAUAGUCGUGACUUUAGCGCCCAUAUUUGCCGUAUCCGCUAAAGAAAAUAACAAUGACACUAUAGCUCGUAAGUCGUAUAAUCGUAUUCCACGACGUGGUGGUCAUUACGGUUGUUUCGCACUCGAUCAUGACACGCCGCGCACAAAAUCAGACUGUGCGGUGAGAUAUCAUCACCAUCCCUAGAUAUUUAUACACUCCGAAGAAGUUUCGGAUACAGUCACGAUACGGUUUGCGACUUUUCGUUCCCUUUGCUGUUAUUUUAAUAUACAAAAUAGCGAUCCACGAAUAUUAGUUACAGAUUCACCAAUCAGAAUGCAUUAUUAUGCUGUUGUAGACACUAUCUUACUAUUGUUAUCUACAUUAUAUACAGAUAUAUCCCUGAAGUGGGUACUAAGGUGACCAAAAAAUAAAAUAUAAAUACGGGACACUUAAAAAGACAAAUUAAACGUGAUGUAUAAGUAUAAUGAACAAUAAGUAAACAUAACUAUAAGAUCACCGAUUUUAAUCCAAUUAGAACAAAAUAAAUUUGUACUGUAUGAAGAGUUUUAGUACAAAUAAAAAAUGUAUGUUUAAAUUAAUAUUUAUAUUCAUACUUUUGUACUGAACAAAAUAAUAUCACAAGCACACCAAAUAAAUUUUAAAAAAUAUACAUUAUAACAGUAAAGGAAAAAAUAGGAUUAAUUAGGGUAGAUAUGAAGAAUAUAGGAAAAAAUGCAACCCGUAUAACUUUUAUCGGAACAACGGGACACAAAGUUGAAAUAUGGGGCAAUCCCGUAUAAUACGGCACAUAUUUAUAGUCGCCCAAAUGUAUACGCUAAAAAAAAGUUCUGAAGACGGUCGUGCGUAUCACAUGCGAAGUUAUUUUCGAUAAUUUAGACGAUAAUAACUCGGCAAAUGAAAGCCAAUCGGUAUACAAGAUCACUUGUUGAAAUUUCGUCCGCGCGAAAAAAAGACGAACAAGGAAAUUCAGGUGUGCGAAGCGUGAAAAAUCUGUGUUUAUAUCUACGGUUGUAUAAUAAUAUUACAUCAUAUCGUAUGAUAGCAGUCACAGUCAAAGAUCUUCUUUCCGGUCUAAGCACGUUAACAUCAUUAUAAUAUGAUAUACAGAAUUCCACCGACGCGCAUUUAAUUACUAUUUUUUUUUUCUAUAUUAUCUUCACGCACUUCCCCCAUUAUCAACGCUACUUCAUGUGUACGUACUUACUUUCGCGGAUAGUGUCCGCUUGUGUUUCCUUAAAGAUUUACUUAAUUACUUUUACAUAAUGUUUCAGUUUGACGAUCCAGGUGCGUUAUUCCGAAUGACCACCGUCAACGACAAACGACGCCUGUGAAGCGCCUCCCCCCCCAGCACCACGCCCAUCCGGCCCGGAAUCGUCGCCAUGGUAAUACUAUCGACAUGGAAUUUUAUCAGCAUAACAGCGUUCGCGUCGCAAAUUUUCGCCAACACGGUAAAUAUAACCUAUAUGGUUCAAAUAUGCUAUCUAUUAUAAUUAUACAAUAUCAAUUUACACUUACUAUAGGUCCAGAAGUAUAAUAUUUAACGUCCCCCAACAUUUUUUCAAAUAGUGAAAUGUGAUUGAUCUCUUCAAUUAAUUGCGUUUUUUAAUGUCAUAACGGUUUUUGAUAAGGUGCCAUAGACCUUCGCGAUAGAGUAUUCGCUUGAGUAACUGAUCAAUAUUUUUGAUGAUUUACUGUUUUAUGAAUAUAUCCUUUUAUUCAAUAUAAAUAUAAAUUAUAUACUUUAUGAUCACCAUUUAUUCGAAUGUAUAGUUGUAUGUUCUAUAUUUAUGUAUUACUUUUUUUAUUAUUGGUGGUAAUGAGUUCUUAUCUCGUCUUUUUACUAAGAAGGGCUAAUAAGUAAUUUUUAAUAAUUUUUUUAAAAAAAAACAUGGGAAAAUGACGGAAAUUAUGGAAUUUUGGAAAACUAAGAAAAAUUACGAUACAGUUAUUGUAUAGUUUCGGAAAAUUCUGGAAAAAAUUGUAAAUGUAUAUAUAUAUAUAAAAAAAAACGCCAGACUUAAACCAUUCUUCUUUGGGACCAAAGAAAUAGUUUCAGAUUGCAGGGUAUAGAUACCGUAUUGAACGUAUACACAUUUAUAGGUGAAUAAAACAAUACCUGCAAGUACCUGGUACACGGCAUAUUGAACGACUGCCCAAUAAUAUAAUAUUCUAUACGCACGCGAGUCCGCACAAAGACAUUGCAACACGCGGUCGUUUAUUAUAUUAUUUAUAUAAUGUACGUAGGUACUUAUAACGAUAAUAGUGAUAGUAAUAAUAUAUGUAAAACGGUUGAACUUACAGUCGGGUAUAUGUCGUGCGAGGGGAUUUAUCGCGUUCACUCGCGAACAAAAGGCAAAUUAAACAAAACCCAGGCGACAGCCGCGGACCCGGCGCAACGAAAUUGGUUCAUACCGCCGCGGGUAUCUAACGACGUAAAAAAACACACCGAUUUUAUAUUUUUCUAACAUUAUAAUAUUAAACACGACGACUUGUUGCUGUCUGCCAUUGCGACGGCAGCAGUGCGCGUGCACGUGUUUUCUCGUUUUUUUUUUUUUUUUUUAACAAUACGGGUUGACCGGGAAUAUUUUUUACGCAAGUGAAUUACUUUAUUACAAACACACUGUUGCACUAUUGUAUAAUCGAUUUGAUCGAAAUACGACACCGCGCGACAAUGUCAAAAAUGAAAACCGGGGUCCGUAAAUUAUCAUUAUUAUUAUUAUUAUAAGAUUUCGUACUUAAUAUGGUAUACCUCUAUACAAAUUAUAGCGAUCGCCGCCGUAAUAAUUGAUCGGCGGUGGUACCGGCGCGCCCGAUUGCGUCAAACGCGAGUUGCGCGUUCUUACACGUCAUGUUAUAUCAUUUUAAUUUGCCCGCAAUAUGCGCGGUGUUCCGGUUUCGUGAGGUCGGAUUAUUAAUCGCCGCGAAAACGAUCAAACGAUCUUGUACCGCGUUUUCGUUACUGUACGGACGUGAACGUAUAAAUAGUAAUGCUUUGGAAGGCUUAAUCCCGCACAUUAGACUUUGAACUUUCCGAAGGGUUAAAAUUAUAACCCUCGCUUAUCCAUAGACAUGCCUUUAUUGCUAAAAAAAUAAUAAUAAUAAUGCAUGAAGGGUUUAAAAACAAAACAUUAAGUGGAAGACACUGCAGACGGAAGAAAAUUCAAGGGUCGACCUAAACAACAAUGAUGAAUGGAACGGAUAAUUCCGAAAUUUCUAGAUGAUUCACAUGGUAAUUGGUAAUACAUACAUCUAUUGCGUUUUAUUGUCGUUACAUUAAUUUUCACGGGAAUUGUUAUUUAUUCGACCGCCAUGACCAUGAGGUCAUAUAAUUAUUAUAUUAAAUAGUCACCCAAUACCCGAACAGCAGGGUUGAGAACCGUCACGAAUCACGACUACAAAGAAGAUAUAUUCUUUUAUUUACUCUUACGAAAAAUACCGCGAAAAUAUCCGUCUAUUUAUUAUAUCUGUGUAAUUCCCCACACGAAAUAUCGCAGGCACGCGUCUACGCGACGAUGUUUGAGAAGUUACAUCGCAUGUAGUUAUAAGAUAAUAAAAAUAAUUUCAGUCGUCGACUCGAUUAUUGUCACGAUUUAAGGCGUCUCGAAGCACCGUGCGUCGUCGUCGUCGAUUAGUCAAUUAUUGCCUAUUAUUGUUUCAAGGUUUACACACGAAUAACAUAAUAUUAUGACGGCGGUGGCAUUUAAAAAACAUUGCAAAAAUAAUGAUUUUCCAUUUCAAUGGCUCGUGCCGGGCCUGAUGAAACAGCGACCAGCCACGUUUUUUUAAAAUUAUUUCGUUUAGAAUACAUAAUAUUAUUUAUUUUUUCUGAAUUAUUAUUAUAAAAUUAGAAUCAGUCUGCAACUCCUCCGCCGUGGUACGGUUUCAAUCAAUUAAUAUGCAUCAAUAAUAUAUUUCUCCCGAGCAACAAAAAACAUCAAAAUUAUAAUCCAUCACACAGUAUUGACAAAUUAUUUAAUCGAUAUUGGUCAAUUGUAGUUAGAUAUAUUAUAGAUGUGUGUAAAAGUAAGUAUGUGUGUAAUACACAGAGGAGCAAAUAACCCAAAUAUUUUGAGAGGGGGGUCUCAGACCCACAUAAUAUUGAUUUUAUGAGAAUAAAUUUCCACGCUAUUGUUAUUUGUGGCACUAUACGCUUGUAUAGUGUUUUCUGGGGAUUGAUUUUAAUUUUUUUCUCGACGAAGACGAUGUGUACAAAUAAAAUUAUUAUCUAUCUACCGACCACUGCAAUAUUGCUGUAUCGCAAUAACAAUAUAAACUAUUAUGGUAAAUAUGUGUACGCGGAAGAUCAUUAAUAAUAUAAUAUAAUUGAAGGCCUCGCAUGAAAAUACGCCCAUAGGUUAUACAAUUUUUAUCUAUAAAAGAAUAUUUACGCGUAUUUGAUAAAAACCUAAAACAAAAAAAUACAUGAAAAAUGAUAUAAACACAUUAGAAAUGACGUAGGCGUAACGUAAAUAGUUUACUAACUUUUCGUUUUCGGACUACGUUCGUUCCCAACAUUUAUCGGUUAAAAGGACGUUUAAUAUUGAAUUAUUCGAAACUGCGGUCGACCGUUCAAAAUUAUAAACGCAUAAUACAUACAGAGUGAUUGUUUUAUUACGAACCGACGAUUAUCUACGAAGAUCCCCCCCCCCUGAAUUUUCAAAAAAUAUAUUAAAAAUUGAGUGAUUAUACGAAAAUGAGAGUAAUUGUUGUGAAUUUCUUAAUAAGUAUCAAAAUAACUGUGGCCACAGUAUUUUUGAAGAUACUAAAUUCGUAUAAAAUUUAAUUUUAAUUUAUCGAAUAACUCGUAGUACUAAUAUACUAUUAUUAUAAUAUCUUUUUUCCAUAAAUACUAAUUUUUAAGUAUCUUGCCCAUCCCCGUUAAUAUGUAUAGUUAAUUAAUAACACUGAAAUAUCGUUUAAACGAAUUAUAUAUCUUUUCUUUCAUCUUAACGAUAUAUUAAAGAAGUAACUACGUAAAUAUAGUAAUAAUUUCCUCUAUAUUUUACACUGUUACAGUGUUUCUGAUAAUAGUCAUGUCAAGCGUAUCUUAAUUAUAGAAAAACAUUUUCUUUUCUUUUUAAUUUUAAGUUUGAAAUUAUUAGGAACGAAAUUGUUAAGGUUCUAUGUCUGAAAUCUGAAAAAACCAAAAUCAAACAUACUGAACAUUUUAUAUAGAUAAUUGCUGAUUCAUGAUUGACAUGAAAGAUAAAAAUUUGUACCAAACCGAAAUAUUUUUGCGGUCACAAAUUCGCACCCAAUCACCAUUUAAUAGAAGUACAAUAACUAAUGAACCAAGGAUUCACAUCUUUUCAUUCAACUUGGGCCAAAAUAAAAAAAAAUCAAUUUCAUUUAACUAUGAACUUUACAUUAGAUUUUUGGAAAGAAAAUUAUGUAUUUCAACUUUCAAUUUUUAAAUUUGUUGUUCUGCUACAUUAUCUUCUAGAGAAAUAUCUCAAAAGUGUUCUUCCUCUCACUAUCCUCAAUGAUUAUAACAUACUUUUCACUUCUUUCUUCCUCACUCUUCAAACGCAUACCAUUUUCAUUUAUACGAUGUAUUGAUUAUGUUAACGGUCACAACAUGGCCCAAUCCGUUCAGCGACUAUAAUAUGUAUAAUAUACUGUUAUAGUAUUAUCAGCUCCUCAGUGGCGGAGUGUCGUAUAAUGAAAUGAUUAUAAUAUUAUUACAUAUAGGUACUAUUUUGUUGGUUUUUCGAGUCCUUGGACUAUGUGUCCUAUUAUAUAGGCGUACGGUGAAAUAUAUAGGAUGUACCUAUUGUACACACCACGUACAACAAUCGACACGUAUACGAUCCGUAACACCAACUGCAGCAAUAGGUGUACGCGUGCCGAUGUGGUUCUCGACCUUACAAGCCGAGGUCAUUCUCUGCGUUUUCGACCGUAAUCCGUCAUCGCUCGCCGGGAGGACAGACGGAAUGAUGACGUUUUCUAUUGUCCAGGGUUUUUCGUCUAUAUUUUUUUUUUCUGUUAUCGGUAAUAAAUACCUAAUAAUAAUAUUCCGUGUGGUUUGUCGACCGUAUAAUUCAGAGGCGGCUGCCGCGGGCUGCAGCAGCAGUCAGUAAUAUAACCACCCCAAACAAUGGUCGGCUCAGGACCGGGGCUAAUGAACCUAUCGGUGGCGCGUGAUCCGAAUCACUAAAAUAUUGUCAGCGGUGAGAGACUUUAACGCCGUCAUCGACAUUUUGAAAUCAAAUCAGUAAUAACGCACUAACACAUAAUGGAAAAAUAUUUUCGAAUUUCAUAUUAAAUUGUAAUAACCGUUACCCCGCAGUAAAGAACACGAAGAGAUAGAACACUUUAAGUUUUUUCUUUUUUGAACAAUAAUAAUAUACAAUUAAAAUGCGCAAAUAUACAAAUAAAAUGAAAUAGAAUUUUUUUUGUUCUUUUACGUCAUUAACUUAAUUUUAAAAUGAUGAAACGUUUUGUUGGGCAAAACGAUUCCCGCCCGUCGGAAGUCGUGUUUUUUAUUCUCAUUAACUGAUUUUUUUUUCAUUUUUCUCUUUCCAUCUCGUUGGAAUCGUUAUACAACCAGCUGGAUGCGUUUUUAAGUAACUUAAAGUGUAUCUGUUGCACGUAACGACCGUCACGAAAAUUAACAUUUCGCGCGGUUGAUGGAAAAUAGUUUUUGAAAAAAAAAACCCCAUAACUUCAUACAGGAAUACUACAAAAUACGUAUACUAAAUCGAAUCGACUACAUUGCGUGAUUUUUUUUUUUUUACAAUGCAUGAGCGAAAUUUUGCCAACGACAUCCACGACCGCGCCAAAUCGUGACCGAAGCCUCCGCGGUGACAACGUUAUAAUAAUUAUUUUGUUCGAACGCGAUUCCAAUCGAAACGAAUUUCUAUUAUUCCACAUAUUACAAACGCUCGACAAACAUAUUUCAUUAUAAUAUACUCGUAAAAAUAACUAUUUGUCUGUUUUAUUUGUUAACAGUUACACGAGCACAUGAACAUAGACGACCUGAGGACGGUAUUUCACGUGGAACACCAUUCGGAAGGUAAUAUUAUGACUCGAAAAAUCACAUUUCCUGUCUAUAUCAUACACGUAACAGUGAUUGGUCACGGUGUAUAAUAAUAAUCGCAUAAUGGAAUUUAUUAAGGAAAUAUCAUAUUCCCUGUCAUUCUUUAUUUCCCGGGAUAAUUCCCAGUUACGUUUAUUGAUUUGCCGAAAAAUUGUUGACGGUCUUAUCGUAAUAUUCAUACCUUUAUUUAACGUUAAAUAGUAAAUUGUAAUAUUGUAACAAUAUUAUGUAAUUCGUUGACUGUCAGUAGAAUUAACUUAUUAUAUACGCUGUUUGGAAUGUUUGUAAUAAAUGUCGAAAAAAACGAUUUUUAAUUCGAAAUAUACUAAAUUGAAAAUCGCGUAGAGAAGUUCAAUUAUUUAAGAUUUAGUAAGGUAAGAUAUUGAAGAUAUUGUGGUGGAUGUAUAAAGUAGAAUCAGGUAUGGCUGGACGAAGUCGAGGGAAGCGAGUGAAUAAUGGUGUGUGUGAAAAAAAGGUAUCAAUUAAAGAGAAAUAUUGUAAAACUGUUGUGAUUUAUAAGGCCAACGAUGAUAUACAAGGGAUGAAUUGGACAUUGAAUAAAAGUGAUUAGAAUAUACGUGAGAAGACAAAGAUGGAAUUCAAUUUAACGUGCACACUGGGUGAAUGUUUGAUGUAACCCCCGGCUGUGAAGAUGGAAGCCAAGGAUGAGGUAAGCCAAAGAAAGUGUCCGGAGGUUAUAUUGUAGAAAAAAUGAAGGGUAUAUGAUCAAAUGGAUGAAGAAGUGAUAGUUAAUAAGAAGAUGAAUAGAAAUGCAUAGAAAUCAAGAAAAGAGUUCAUAGAUCCACUUGCGUGCAGGAUGAUAAAGGCAAAGAGAAAUAAAAUUGUAAAUAUAGUAAAUUGCUGGUACUUUUUUUAAAUGUAGGUACCUGGGAAAAAUUCCGGAGUGAAUGAUUAUAGAAUAAUUUUUACUUCACUGCGACCACCGAAAAAUUAUUAUGAUGUACUAACAUAAUAUAAUAUACCGAGGUAUGUUUAUCCGAUAGUGCCUGCAUACGAGGUGGUCAGCCCGCAUAUGAUAUCCAAACGAGAUGCGGAUGGAGCUCACAAAGUUCGACUAAAGGCGUUCGGCGAACACCACGACCUGAAAUUGGAGCCGUCCGACAGAUUGUUGACAGGGGACAAACUACGAGCCUGGACUGCCCAUCACAACUCUACCACAGACACUGUACAUUACACCGAACUACCGAACGACGUGAGUCUUUGAGAUUUAAUUAAAAAAUUUUAAAAAUAUCAGACGUAUUGACGAAUAAUAAGUACCUUUAAUAAAUAUAAUAUUUUACUUUCAUCCCUUCAACUCGAUCUUUAUGUACAGUCAUGUAUUAUUCUUAUUUGAAUAGUACAAAUAAAGUUAUUACUAAUUUUAAUCGACAAUUCAUAUUUUGAGAUCACGUCGAAACAUUUUAUAAUUUAAUGAAAUGUGUAAUAACACAGAUUGCAAUGUACCGAUUAAAUUUCAGCAUUAAUGUAUACUAUUAGCUUAUUCCUAAGCUUUUAAAAGCUUAGGAAUAAUGGAAACCGUACAUUAUUAUAUAUUAUAAUCUUCAAUCCUUCGAUGAUAAUUUGCAAUUUGAUUAAGAUUAAAGGUUUUCAAACUUUUUUUUUCGCGUUUCCACUUACGGUACUAUAGACCUGUCAAGCACCAUUUUAUGACUAAAAAUAAAAUUAAAAUAUUUGAAAUUCCAAUAUAAUAUUUAUUAAUUAUUUUGAUAGGUUAAAUAUAAAACAGUAUUAGAUCCGUUAAAAACAUUUGUAUAAAUAUUCAUCUCCGAACUACUUCCACGCGGCUUUCUACGUACACCUAUGUUGUCUAUCAAGUACCAGAGUACUUGAUUAAUAUUAUCGCUCAAUUUAUCCGAAGUUGUACGUCGACAGUGAAAAAUGUAUACAAACUGCACGAUAAUUUAAUUAGUAAUUUACCAUUUAAUAUAUUUUUUUAUUAUAUUUUAUUUACAUAAUAUAUUUGCAUAUGUAUAUUACUUCACGAUUAUUACAGAUUUUCAAUAAAACUAUAAUUAUAUUUAUAAUUAUAAUUAUAUAUUUACGAUCGAAUAUGUUAUUCGUAAUUUAUACGUAAAAGCGUAUAUCGUUCUAAUAUAACUGCGACGAUAUAUGAUUGAUAAAUUAUAAUAUAUUUUAAAAUAGGGCUUACGAUUUUGUCACGAAUAUAAUAUGUAAAUGCAGACAUAAAUGACUGUUUUUCUGCAAGUAAAUUACAAAAUAAAAUCAAAACCAAUACAUUAUAAUAUUAUUAUAUUGUUAUAUAUAUAAUUAGUAUUGUUACAUCGACAGAUUCAAUAAUAAUAUUAUUUGUCAUCGGUGCAACUCUCUACAUACAGGUAUACUAUCACCAUCAGCGUUAUUGUCUAUUUUGCUUUCGCUUUCGAUCGGUUGAAUUUUUUUCUUUUUCGUGAAAACAUGUCGUAUAAUAUUACCCACCUAUACCUACCUACCCAUUAGUCGACCGGUUAUGCAAGCUUUUUAUUUGCCCUUUUUGACGCUUAUCGCCGUGCGGUUCCUAUGUUAGCAGCCCUUGUUGUCGUUGUCGUCGGUAUCUAAACGUGGAUAUUAUUACACUUUACAUUUUGCGCGUCUGUUCGCUUUGUUAUCUGUGCAUUGUGGUGUCACUUACGUACGCGUACAUCGUCGAGGUUACCGUUCAAUAAUGGGUAGGUACCUGGGUACCUAUAUAAUAAUGAAAACGUUAGAUAACGAAUUAAGACACAGAUAGCCCAUAAAGACCAUGAAUAAAACAUUGCUACUGACCCGUAGCUGUUGCAGCCAUAUUAUUAUUAUAACGUGUACUAAAUUCGUAUUAUAAUACGUAUAUACCUAAUGCACAUAUUAUUAUUUUGUUAUAAUUAAGGCUGUGAAUUCAAUGCACAAAAAAAUCACUUAGUAAAAUAUGCACUAAACCCUCCACAAAAACGGCAAAAAUGCAAUAUUUCAAAAAACUUUAAUAAUGUAUACAGAGAAUUUUAAUGAUGUAUACAAAGAAAAUUAACAGGUUAAAAAGUCCGAAUUUAAGUAAAUUUAAAUUUUUAACUUAGCUUUUAACCUUUGAUUUGCAUUAGUUAAAGUUAUUUGUCUUAUAAUAAUAUACAUUUUUACAUUAAGUUUAUGACAUUUUAUUUUAUUUUUAACACAAUAAAAAAUUUAAAAUCUAUAUUCCAUACACUAUUUGAUUAUGUCGAUAUACCAUAGUAUAGUAAAUUAUAAUUGUUUUAAACAAAUAUACUUAAGUUAAACUCAACCUCUAAACGCAUUAUUGAGUAGGGAAAAAUAAUCAAUUAUUAUUACAAUUUGUACUCAAUAAUACGUGUGGAAUUCGAUUUAAAAAUAAGUAAUAAGUAUAUUUGUUUAACACAGAUCAAGAUUAUUUUCAAAACACCUACAAAAUUUUAGUUUAACCAUUACCAUUGUGACAAUAAUAAUUCUAACUAACAAUAACUAACUAAUAAUUGAAAAAUAGAUAAUUUAAUUGUCAAAUUAACUGCUAACUCGUUGAUUUUUUUUUAACUUAACUAACCUGAGUUCAUAAUAUUAUUCAUUACACAGCCUUGAUAAAAUACAGUAUUUUAAAAAAAUAUAACUAAUUGGCCUAUUUUAUUAAAUAGUUAAACUUUAUAUUUAGGUGCAUGGAGAAACUUUGAAAAAUAUCUAUUUGAAUAGACAAUGUUUUGAAUCUGAAAAUCUUUGGAAAUUCAAUAAUUUGAACGGACAUUAUCUGGAAUCUACAUUAGUUUGAAUCGAUUAACUAGAAAUAUAUUGAUAUACAUUUGAAAUAGACAAAAUUAAAAAUGACAUUAGUUGGAAUAAUUAAGAGGACGCUACACCGAAAGUGAAACGUAUACAACGACCGAGAGUUAGCGUUGCAAUAAGUGACGAACGAGAAGGUUGCUACAAUAUUUAUUUAUGACAUGAGAUAAGGUGAUAUCAAAUAUGUAUAUUCCUUAUUUGUCAAUUACAACGUCUGUUGAUUCCAAUAUUGUGGGUUCCAUUUUUGUAGACUCCAAAAAUAUAAAUUCCAAGUCGAUUUCAAAAAUGUAUAGUUUCAAAUAUUUAUUAUUUAAAUAAUAAUACUCCGUGUAUUUAUAUUGCAAUCAGUGUUUUUAAAAUAGUAUCAAUAAAUAUAAUAAAAUUGACCUGAAAAUGGACAAACAGUCGAAAGUGUCAAAAAAAAAAAUGUUUCAAAAAUCAGUUCAAUUUUUUAUUUUAUUCUAAUUUUAUGCUAAAAAAAUUUAUGAAGCUAUUAAUAAUGAUGUCUUGAAAUAAGUUUUAAAAAACUCAUUCGCUACAAUAAUUCACAACCUGUUAGUUUUAAUAUUAUCAUAAUAUGGCUCGGCGCAGUCUUGUAUGUACGGUUAAUCGGUGAAAGUGUUUCACAUUUUCUCGGGUAUGAUCAAUCUAUCUAUACGUUAAUUUACCAACUGGUUUAUAACUAUGAAAAUAAUAAUUAUAAUAAUAACGAUUUCAAUAAUGAUAUUGUUAUUAAUUAUUUCAUCCUCCGGGACCCAAAUUUUGGCCAUGUUUCAAAAUAUCUUGUAUAUAUUAUAGUUAUAGUUAAGAGCGUACUCGCCAAUUAGGUAGUAGUUUUUGAAUUUAUUAUUUUUUUUUUCCAUCGUUCUCUUCACCAGACCAGCUCAACAAGUAUUAUGAAAUUAUAUUAUAGACAAAUGAGUAUUAUAUAUUAUUAUAAUAUAUUAUUAGUAAUAUAUAAUAUAUCAAAUAUACUCUCAUAUAAAUCAUUAUAACAUGCUAAGCUAACCAUCUUAAGUGGCCAUCACAGUUGAAUUUGCCGUAUGUUUUUCUAACGGAUAAUAUAGCAAAAAUGUGUUCACGUAAAACAAACUAAAAGAAUUAGAGAUAAAACGCUUAUUAAAAAAUGUGUUUAUGAUUAUAUUUUGAAGACAUUCUUUGGCGUUUUUAAGACAAGUAUUAAUUCCUUAAAAAGUAACAGUUCUUUUAUUUGUACCUUUCAUAGAGAGUUGAUUAUUUAGAGAAUUAUAAAAUGAAGACGAGCGCGAAGUUGUCCUCAAAAUAUCGUCAUCUAAAAAUGGUAUAAUAAUAGGUGAUCUAUCUUUAAAAUCAAUUUUUAAGGCCUUUUCGUUUUUCGUGAGUUUAUAUCCAUUCCGGGCGUUAAAAAAAUCAUAGUUUAAUUUUUUAAUUUUUUUAAUAAUAUACGAAAUAAUUCACUUAAUGUUGUACCGAACUAAUCACAGAAGUUUUUCAACCACAAUAUAACUUUUCUUCCCACACUUAUUUUUCCUUACAAGUAUAAUUUAAGUAAGUAUAAGUUGCAGUAAUCGAUAUCUGCGGUUAUUUCUCAUUACGACCAAGAUGUUCUAGUUUCCGAGAUUUUAAAGUAAUAUUAUUUUAAAACAAUGAAAAACAACUGUAUCAUUGGCGUUACGUAUACAAUGGUGCAUACAUGAAUUUUAUACAAUCACUAACUUUUUUAACAUUUCACGAAAAAUUAUUUCUGAUUAUAUAUUAAAAAAGAAGUUGUGAUAAGACACAUCCUUAUUUCACUUCUCGUUUAAUUGGAAUCACUUCCGACAUAUCUGCUUCUAUACGUAUAUAUUGAAGUUUGGCUUUAAUGAAAGUUACUUGUAAUAUCAGCUUAUGAUAAAUUCCAUUCAUUUUUAAUACUACUAAAAGUUUAUUGUGCUUAGAAUUCUAGUAUAUCCUAUUAAUAAAAGCCUUUCACUAACACAACUUUAUACAUUGUAGCAGACAUCUCUAGCUCUUUAAAUUAACACUAAGCUAGAUAUAACUUCUCUUAUAUCUAAUGGUUUCGAAAUCCAACUUGUGUACGGCUCAUUUAAGAUUCAUAUAUUUUAAAAAUUAACUGAUGCGUGACAUUUAAAAAGAGCUUUAAAUGAUGAUUCAUAAAACGAAUGGUGCAAAAAUCACUGUAAUGUUUAACAAUGGAUUUUUUGGGAAACGCUAUGAAUUAUAGAUACGCUAUAGAUUUUAACCAUAAUGUGGGUAUGAGGUGAGUUUUUAUAUUUUGUUAAAUACACAAGUUAGCUAGGUAAUACGCAUUCCUCGUCUAAUAAUAAGAAAAAUGCUUCAGGUAAAUUAUCCAGUCUUGGGGAUUUACCAGAUAUUGCCGUUUUUGAAAUACUGACAGCCUUGAAUUAUUGAUAAGCUACAGAUAAUUAUAAACUUGUGAACUCCAACUAUGUUUAUACUAUUUAUUUAAUAAUAAAAAAAAAAAACUUGUUUUUAGUUUAAAGAACAUUUUAAAUUUGAACUGUCAUUAUACUUUGAUCAAAAUUACAACAGUGAAAAUAGAAAAGCCUUUGAGUGUUUUAGCCCCCUAACCUCCUUAAUUAUGCCUUUAUAUCACUAUGAUAGUCUCUUAAUUACUUUAUAAAUUUGAAAUUAACAUAGACAAUAAUCAUUGGUUUGUUGUUAUGAUAAUUUAAAAACUUUGUAGUGUAUUUUGUAUACUAUAAGAUAAGUUUAAAACAAAAAAAGCUAAUACUGCUAAUAAAUGCGCCAAAGUUGUAGGUAGAAAGUUAGGAAGGCAGGCUACUUAAAGUUAUUUAAUUUAUAACUGAUAACCACGAUAAACCAUUACUAAAGAUAAACAAUUCUGAGCAAAGUUCGUAUAUUCAUGAUUUCUAAGGCCGUAUUUCAGGUGUAUUUACGAUUUUCUUAAAAUUUGAUCUUAAACAACUGUAAGAAAAAAAAUGAUUCCAUCACACUCUACUUUUCAUUAUUGACCACUAACUCAUAAUGAACCUCCUGUUAAAUUUGUAUGCAUUUCAGUUUAGUCAAACAAUUAUAUCCACAUAGUACCUAUCAAAAAAAAACGUAAACAACAAGCAAACAUAAAAUGCCAACAAAUAGAACAAAAUGUUUUGAAAAUUUACCACGUCUAGAAAAGGAAAAGAAAAGUUUUCUGUCUCUUUUCACGUCUUUACGAAUUACAACAAAAAAUAAAAAAUUGAAAAUGAUGGAACUAUUAUUUCCGUAAAUUUUCCCGUUCUUAUUACGUUUCUUCCGGUUUUCCUCAAUCAUUAAGAAAACUUUUACGGAGUUUACAAAAAUUGCAAAACGAUUUACUUCUUCUAGAUCCGAAAUUCAAUAAAAAGGAUUAUUUAGCAUUUUUAAAAAAGAAAUGUUUCUGUUGGAAAAGUUGUGCGUAAAAAUUAAAAAUAAUGAAGUCAGUAUCGCCGUGGUGCAACAUAAAUAUUUACUGUUUUUCUUAUUAUUAUGUUUCAGGUAUUUUCCAAUUAUUUUAACAAGUAAUAACAUUUCCUUUCAGAAAAGAUACUACAUUUGAUACAUCAAAGCGAAAUUUCUUGUAAAAAAGUUACUCACAAGACUUAAAAAAUAAAUCAAAAAAAACAACACGCAUAGUAAAACCAAUAAAUCCUUCACUCCGCUCCAAAUUUAAUAUGUUAACAUUAUAAAUCUAAUAAUUAUCGUAAUCCGGAUUGAUUGAUCAGAUUGGUAGACAAAUGUUAACAUGCAGCGCAGGCACGAAAAUAUUUGAAAAACUGAUUAAUUUUUAUUUUUUACAUCUUGUUCUAAUGUUUUACGAACAAAAAAAAUAAAAUACCGCGGAAAUCUGAAUAUUUUUAAACUUGUCCACAUUUUUAAUACUCUUAAAAUAUUAUAUCAUACCGUCAUGGUGUAAACCGGGAUACUAUAAAGUUAACACGAUUAUGUAGAUGAAGAUGCCAGUUUAAACAAAUUACAAUUUACUAUUAUUAAUUCAGAUUUAGUAGUCCAAUAGUAUAUACGCGUGGUACCUAAUUGUAUGCAUAUUAAAUUGUUGUCGCGGUAUUACGAAACUGUUUUUUUUCAAUAUAUAUAGUUUUUUAACCGUGUAUCAAUACAAUUAUUAUCAGUCAGUCCACUAUACAAUAAAUAUUCAAAAAUACAAAUUAAUCGUGCACGCACUAUUUUAGAUUGCAUACUUAUUACUUAUUUUAUAUUACAGUGUGUGUAUAUUAUACACAAUAUAAUUACAUAAGAGUAAACACCCACGCAUAAGUGUAUAUUAUUAUCUGUUCUCAAAACGAGGUGUGUUAGUCUUUACAGGCUGUUAAUAAAUUUAACACGUUCCUAUACCUAUAUUAUAAUAUAAUAUUGUAAGUAUAUCGAGAGCCUGCUCGUGUAAUAGUGAUUUCUCCAUGAAAUGUAAUAAUUACCGAAUAAUGCCCGAACAUACUAUUUCCGUUUAGACGUUGCCAUAAGAAACAAUAAAUAUAUACAUACCUAUUUCAAAAAAAAAGACCUCCACAGCGGAAACGUGUACAAAUGUUAUAUAACCUAUACAAAAAAUUCCCCCAGGGCUUAAGUUGUUUUUUUAUAAUCGGUGCGAAUAUAAAAAUGCCAUUUCUUUUACUCAGAGAGAGAGAGAAACAGAAGGAAGAGAGAGUUAGAGAACGCACUCUGUACGACCACGCCCCAAAAUCACUCAUAUUCGAGAUUUAUUUUAAUAUAUCAUAUAUAAGUAGAGCAGUUAUCUAUAUCCCUUAAAAAUCUUUAAGUAUACGUGUAGAUAUGGACUAAAAGUACCAAAAUAGGCCCAACAAAUAUAAAACACCAAAUAUGCAAAAUGGAAUUGUGUAUAUAUAGAACGGUUAUAGCCCAUUAAACUUAUUUUAGUAAAAACUAAACAUUUUUUAAACAAACCAAUAAAAAAAAUAUGUAAAUGCGUAUAUAUAUAUGAUCUGAUUAAAUAUUCUAAUAGUUUUGAUAAUAUUGUAUUCAUGUGAUUGAUGACAAUUGCCUAAAAUUAUCCCCAACUUUAUAAAACUUAACAUUUUUUUUUUUUUACAUAAUUCCUUUUCCACUACUCUAAUGUCCAAUACCCGUUUAAGGAGGAGUACUGGCAUUUUUACUGAUAAAUCUGAGGUUUGAAACCGAAAAGCCAGUAAAACUAAAAUUGUUUUUAAUUUUAAUUAAAUUUACUACAAGUGAAAUGUAAAAUAAUUUAAGUACAUUUUUUAAAAUAUGUUUCAAAAAUACAAUCCAAUUUUUUUACGAUAUCCAGUAAAAUAAUUAUAUUUUUAUUUCCAAAAUAUUCUAUUAAAGAACCUAAAAAAUCAUAAUCUAUCAAACACAAUUUCUACAGUUUUAUCUAGCUUUAAGUCAAACGGUAAACUUUAAACUUAAAAUUAAUUUUUUGUACAAUUUUCAAUUAAGACUAUCAUUUGAAAAUCGGAAAUGCGUGUGUAAUGGUUUCACCACUAAAGACAAGGGUGACAAAAAAUAAGAGUACAGUGUAAAAUAUUAAAGCCACUUAUUUCUUAAAUUUAAUAAGAAAAAUAAUUCAGAAAAAGUUAAUAUUUUGCAAGAUAACGAGUGUCUUAGGUUAUAUUAAGCUGUAAGGUCGUAGUUUACUACAAUAAGUAAUAACAUUUUAUAAAUCGACGAUGUUUUUUUACGCAAUCGCGUUAUUCCGACGUAUGGAUUUUUUCAACUAGAAUAGUAUUCUGAUUGCACUCUCACUCGCGCCUGUUGCUCGAUAUUACACCGGGUGCGUGUAUUUAUUUUAAAUAUAAUGAUAAUGUUAUGUUUCGUAUAUAGUGGGCGGACAAUAAUUCAAGCGGUCGGUGUAUAAUAUAUUUUAUUCAUAUACAUUUAGUCCUACUCAUUCUACACACAUAGUUAUCGUGUAUAAUUAUGUAUUAAUAAUAACUGUCGAUUAUAAAAUCGUGCACGUUACAUAAUAUUAUUACAAUGUGUUUGACGUAAAAUAGAUCGGCGACACAUAAACGAGUAUACUAAUACUAUGGAACGUGUAAAACAUCUCAAGAAAUAAUUAUCAUUUCCGAACAAAACCACUUCGCGCGGGUAAUCAUACAUUUUUAAAAUUGCAUUGAUAAAAAAAAACGUCGAUAUCGUCUUCUUCUUUUUGGAUAUUUUUAGGCCGAUGGAUCAUCCCAUCAAAUGAAUUAUCCUCCAAUUUUCCUUGUCAUCUAUUGUUCGUUUCCAGUCUAAACCUUCAUUUAGAGAAUCUACGUCUCUCUAUAUCAUACGUCUUCUCGUCAAAGACUCGUUACAGGUCUGAGCAGCCCACUAUAAACUCCUACAAUGGAUUGUAUCUAAUACAUAUACGAUAUAGUAUACUUAAUCGUCAUAUCAACACAUCGCGUAUUGAUAUUGGUAUAUAAGAAAUUGUAUUGACGUUUUAAAUUCAAAAAUCUAUCCAAAAAGCACUACCCACAAUAUAUAUUUUCACUCUUCUCUCUUCUCGCCGUCAGUCGUUUGAUUGGUUUCCUGAAAUUUACCAUAAUUAUUAUCCUUUUUGUAACUCAGCUUCUUAAAUUCCUUGUAACAUUACACAUUCAUGUCUAUCAUAAUUUGUUUUGUGUACCAUCUUAGUCUUCCUCUACUGAUAUGAUCUUCAACGUCACCUUCUAUGACGUAUUUCGAUAAUAAGCUAUAUUUUGAUACAGUAGAAGAGACAAAAUUAUCAUUUUAUCCUUCUGACUUUUAUAAUAAGUAUGCCCACAUAACUUAUAUUCCCUUUUGCGUUAAGUGAUGUGAAAAAUUCUCCAUAAAAAUACCAAAUUACUAUAAACAGUGUGUCCCGCCGUGUUCGACGAAUUUUUCUAGAGCUAUUAACAUUAAGCUUUUUUCAAUUUGUCUUUAAGAGGGACAUCGAAAAUAAAUAUGAAAACAAUUAAUAUAUUCAAUAAUAAUCACAAUCUCGGCACGUUAAUUUCAUAUCGCAACAGUAGAUUAUUGAAUAUUAAUUGUUUUCACACUUAUUUUCUAUAAAUUAAAAUUUUAAAGAGAUAAAGUUUUUUUUUUUUGUAUGUGUUUAAGGGAUGAAAAUAAAAAUGUAUUUUUUUUUUCCAAAUCAAUGUUCCCCUCGAAGACAAACCGAUUGAAAAAAAAUUGAAACAUAUUUAGUAUUUAGUAGUAUUAUUUAAUAUUAUUAAGCUCUAGAAAAAUCCAUCGAACAUAGUGGGAGACACUGUAUUAUAAGUAGUAAACACAAUCAAUAUCCAAUGAGUAUGAAAAAAAAAACAUAAAAUUACGUGAAAAAAAUUUAAAAAAAGUUAUAUGUAUUAAAUACAUAGAGAAAUACAAGGUAGGUACAUGGAAUGAAUCACAACAUUAUCUACACUAAAAUAUUGAAAAUAUGCCAAAAAUUGCGAAAAGUCACGCUGUAAUAAUUUUCCAGAUUUGAACUCGUGUUAUUUCCACAAAACGAGUUUAAAUUUAAUUACUUGGCAAUAAUAUUAAUAUUAAAUCGGUAAAAAAGUUACAACCGUCGUAAUAACAUCCGAACUCGAGUUUAAACUGGUGACCGGUCAAAAUAUUUUCGCAAUAGUAUAGCUCUAGCUAUUUCUUGUAAGAUAAAUCUCUGGUUCAAAAUACCUCCGAAAAAAAAUCUAAUAAAAAUAUAUCCUAAAACAAAAAAAAAUCUUUUAAUAUUUCUUAUAGUAAUAAUUAAAGUUGUGAAUUUGUAGGAAAGUGCAUUUUUUUAGCCGAUGUGAACCGUAAUUUUUUAAGUAUGUAAUUUAAAUUAUGUAACAAGAACAAAUUCAUUUAUGAAACUUUUAUUUUGCAUUUUUUGACGUUUUUAAUUUUUAAAGUAAUUUUUUGGAUUUUUUAAGUCAUAUUUUCAUUUUAGUUUAUUUUCCGAAAUUUUUUAUCAAAUUCCGUCGAUUAACAUCUUAUCUUAUCAAUUAUAUUUUAUUUGUUGAGACUUCAAAUGUAUAUUUUAUUGCAUUUUUGUGUAUUUUUAAUGUCAUUUUUAAGGUUUUUCACUGCAUUAAAUUCACAGCCUUAGUAAUAAUAAUAUUUAGUAAGUAUAUGAUAUUAAAUUGUUAUAUUGUUAUGUUAUAGUCAUUAUUGCCUGCAAUAUUAUUUUCUAGAUUCAUUGUGGGAUAUUAUGUUAUACUGAAUAUAAUGUAUAUAUAAUGAAUUUUGCCCCAGGAAAGAAGAACCUACGUAUAAUUUUAUAUUAAAGAUAUUUCCACUGGUGAUAUUUUUGCAGAAAUGUUGACUUUUUAAACUCUUGCCUUUUCAGACAAUGCACUCCUUGACCUUGUAAAUACAUUUUACGUGUAUCUAUAAUGUGUAUAUAAUAACAAGACUUGGUUAUAACUCAGUUAAAUUAAAUUAAUACAAAUUUAAAUUUGUCUUUUCUUUAAAUAAUAAAUCGGCCCCAAAUAUUAUAAUAAGUGUGUGCAUAUUAUUAAGUAGGUACCUACACAAUAAUAUAUUUGACAUAACGCUACGGUAAAACCUUGAUGAGAGAUGUCACCUAAACAUGAUGGGCGUCUUAACAUAAUAAUAAUAUUAUAUUAUAGUCAGCCUAACAAAUUAUAAGAUCUAUUAUCGUAUAAAAAAAAAUUAAUAGUGACUACUGACGACUACCUACUAUUAUUAUAAAGGACCAUCGUUAGACGGGACAAAAAAAAAUGACAAAAAAAUGUCGUAUAACUCUAUAAUCAUUCUAUUAUUCUAUUAUGUAUACUUAUUAUCCUAUCAGUUUUUUUUUUUAAUGAGUCGGUGUUUUUAUUUUCAUUAUAUACUUAUAAUAUGGUUAUUAUUUAUCCGCAGGAACACAUCGGCGUACCGUAUCAAGACGUGGACAAACGAGCGGCGCUCAUCUUGCACAAUGACCACAAGGAUGGAACAAUUCUGAUGGUGAGUUUAACGUUUUUAUACUAACACUGUCGCGUCGCGCAAGGUCAAGUCUAAGUACUAAAUGAUAAUAACAUUAACUAUUAUUAUCAUUAUCGUGCAUAGAAAUAAAUAGUAGGCCGAGUCCGGGUCGUACAUAAUACUAUUGUUAUGCAAUUUACUUACGCCUAUAUACAAUACGAAAACCGGACGAUGGCCAGCCUACAUUAUACUUGUAUAUAGAUAGGCAGUGCUGCAGCAAAUUACUUUCAACUAUAAACUGCGGCAGACAUGACAAUACGUCGUAUAUAAUAUGUAUAUUAUAUUAUCAUUACGGGUUCAGACAAAAACAAAACGUGCAAAUAACGCGUGAUGGUUUCAAUAAUAUACUCGUAUAAUAAGCAUAAUAUUGUUGUAUAAUAAUAUUAUAAUACCUAUGGACUAGGAGGUAUCUAUUAUACGCCCAGCCAGUUUGACACGGUGACGAGAUGCGAAAUAAGGUCGUUUCGACGCGGAACGAUUCGGGUAUUUUUAUUUUUUUUUUUGUUCUCGUCGGCCGUUUUCUUUGAUUGACGACUAGGUACGAAAAUCCCACAGCCGUAUAAUACCUCGUCGAUUUACGAUAAUAUAUUCCUCGAUUUAUUCCUUGUGUACCUCUAUAUACAUUAUACAUAUCCGAAUUCAGCGGAUUGAUGCGAGUUUAGGAACACGUUUCAAUACCUAUUGCGGAUGGAAUAUGUCGGUUAAUACACCUGCACUUUCGUCACAACCUGCUCCUGCAAUUCUUCUUGUUCGUUAACAUUACCAGUAUCUAAAGACCGGAAGACAAAUUAUACAUCCAUCCAAGUUUAAAUUUGUAUUAACACUAUAAUGUUCAAUUUUAGCACGAACAAUUGUUAUCAAACUUUUUUAGUUUGAUGCAGAAAAAAAAUACCAGUUUUCGAAUAAAGUGAUCCAUUAACGCCUUCCCCUACUGCGCCCUGUUCAGAAACUGAACGAUAAAAAUUAAAAAUUUCAUUAAUCUGAUGAAUUUCGGAACACCCAGAUUAUAAUAUAGAAAUAGGAGCACUUUUCCUGAAAUUAUGGCAGAGAAAAAAGAUAGGAUUGUGCAAAUAUCUAAAAUGAAAACCUAACCUCACUAUUAGUCCAAACCAAAUACUACUUCAAGAAAGUGUCCAAUUAAGUAUUAACCGAAAACCACGAAGGGUUUAAAUAAAGCUGAAAAGAAAAUGGAAUAACCACGUAACGUAGAUUACAGGAUUCUAAGUUUGUGUAAAUCAUCUUUUUGUUACCUUCGGAAUUUUGUCUUUGGAAAAAGAGACUAGUCCCUACAAUAUACUAAGUCGAUAUAAAUCAUUUGGAAAAAAAUACUGAUAUUGCUCAUAGAUGGAAUCAUGGAUAUUACGUUUAGCUUCUUUCUUUUUUUUUUGUUCAGUAAAAAAAUAAUUAUACGUUUAUAUCAAACCAAAAAAAUUAUAUCCGCGUAAAUCGAAAAAAAAUUAAACUUGAAAAAAACGAACCGAAAUAUUUUUAAAAUUAUAUCACGUCUAGAAAAUCCUUCAAUAAUUUAUAACUUUAUAAGUUAUUUAAUGAUUCGAUGAAAAUGUCAAGUUUCCGUGAUUAUUCACACUGAAUAUUACGAGAAAAAGAAACAAAACCAAAUCGAUUUUUUCGUUCUCACCCAUUAUUGAGAAAAUGACGCAGAUUGACCUCCCCGUAAUGCGCCAACGAGAUAACAUUUCAGAAACCGUCGGAAACCAUCUCUGCGACAUUGACUUAUGUAUAGUCGAAACACGUGUGCACAAACAAAAUAUACAAAUUCAAAAAUUGCAACACAUACAAUAUUUCUCUUUAUACGAUCACGGUAAUCUAAAAAUAAUUGAUAAUAUAUAAUAACAAUCUCUGUUGUGUGUGCACUCGAUGCAUAAUAAUUCGAAUAUGUAAUAAUAUUAUUAUUAUGAUGGACGGAACGGCAACCGUAACGAUUAUGACGAAGAUGGUUAGCCCUCAAAGCCAUUGCGUAACGAUUGUAAAAAAAAAAAUAAAAAAAAAAAAAAAAAAGAGAUAACGAUAAUGUAUAGUAAAUCGAAUACUGUAACAAUAAUGCAUUUAUUGUUGUUAUUAUUAUUAUCAUUACAAUCGCGUCGCCUGCGAAACUAUCGCCGAAGGGAGUUUUCAGACGCGGUUUUUUUGGCGCCACUGCCGCCGGGACGGGUCUCACGAAGACAAGACGACGUACCUACUACUCGCCCUAUUGUGUGUCGGUAUAAUUUUGUACCGCGACCGCGUUCGUGUUUACCGCUGGUAUGAAAACAGUGCACCAAUAUUAUAAAAUAUUGAAUUGACGACGACGAGAUAAAUUAAUUGUCGAACGCGCGUUUGGAUACGGAUUAUUCGUUCCGGUUACGCGCGAGAUGACGCGCGGUGACCCCUAAGACGAGGUUACAUAACUGCGAUUUAACUGUCUGAUUUGAGUGAUAAAUCUACGGCGGGGGGAAAAAAAAUAAUCGAUAAAAGCAUUAUAUUAACAAGCGCAAAAUUAUUCCCGUCCGGGAUCCGUGUCCGUUUACAAUAACGCAAGUAUUAAAAUUAUAUUAUAAUUAUUACUAUUGUACUAUUUGUACCCUUCUCGAGAACGCGAAUAAUAUACACGCGCGGCGUUCAAGUACGUUUUGUCGAAAAUUUUAUAAUUCAUAAUCCGGGCCCAAGGACCGCGAUGAAAACAAUAAUGUUCCGACUAUUACGGGUAUACACACCGCGGCGUGGAGAUGACUUCUGCCCGAGGUUACCUACAUAUUAUGCGUGCAUUAUAAAUUAUAAUAUAACUAUAAUAAUAUUAACUAUGUUCAUUACAUUACUUAUUUAUUAUUAUAAUAUUAGUAAUAACGCGUACUUAUUCAAUAUAACCGCACGUCGUCGUAUUCUUCGUCUUCUCAUUUAAGCCCGUGCCUUUAUUUCGCUGCAAAUCCACCACUCUUCUCCGUCCGCAUAACCUACCUCUUAUCGUAUACCGUAUACCGGACGCAAUCAUAAGCUGUCCCGUAAUGCCUUCGACGAAUGCCUUCCCGAGCGACUUUCUUAUCCUUUACGAUCGUUUUUACCCGUUCCACGAAUAUGUUCGACAGAAACGAAUUACGCCUCGAGAGUUUACCGACAAUUUUUCCGCUCUUUACCCCAUUAUAUAGAUCAGAAACCUUUUUUCCCCCCAUUUGGUUUAAUACUUCUAAAUUGAUUUUCAUUUCUGUCCAACUGACCCCUCAUCAUUCUUCUCCAAAAUGAUCUUAUUCUAGUCUAGUUCAGUGGUGGAUUGUCCAGGCUUCCUAGCCAUCAUCAUAUAACAAUAUCGAGUAUAAUAUACAGUAUAGUAUAUAUACUCGCAUUAAAUAUAUACGAAUAGGCCAUCAUUUGUAAUUGGCGUUCUCGAACAUAAUAAUUAUUUUUGUUGCAAAAUCUGGUUAUCAUUUCUAUGCCAGCCACGGUUACGCAAUAUAUUCACUGAUACUUAAAAUACCUCAAAUACCUCCCCUCUUAACCACUCCUCUUAAAACGAGGCAUCAAAUGUAAAAACACAAGAAUGGCCUGUAUAUAUCUUUAAUACCAAUCUAUUAUGGUAUAAUACGAUAUAUACCUAUGGAUUGCCAUAUUUUGAAUUCCCUAGAAACCCAAUUAGUUCGGGCAUAACAUCUGUCUUCAUAAUAUAAUAAUAUUACUAUAGAAGUUUCUCUUCACGUAUUUAUUAUGUACAUUGUACCUACAACAAUAUUAUAGUCAAUAUUUCGAAAAACGUCGAAAUACUGUCCGUCAACUUGAUACAUACCGUAUCGUGUUUUACGUUUUCUUGCGUGUGAUAUAAUAAUUUCCUAUAGCCAGUCAUUUGCUGCAGAUAUAUUUUAUUUAGUAUUUUUCUUUUGCGUUUCGCUCUCUAUUUCCAAUUUUUAGAGUAUUUUUUCGAGAUUUUGUUAUAAUUAAUUUUAAAAAUGUUUAGAGUUAAAUGAUUAGGUAAUUCUAAAUAUUAUUAUAUCUCAAGAAAUUUUGUUUUUGUAAUAUUAGUUUUAUAGGUAUUCUUCAUUCAUCCGUAUCGAUUGCAAAUCGUUUAAAUCGUUACGUGUGCAUGAUUUACAUUUUGUAUCGUUGUUAUGCUUUCAGAUAAUUAAUUUCAAGCAAUUCGGAUAAUGCGCCUAACAGAUAAUAUUAUUAACAACUUUUAUUUUGCGUUUUACACUGUUUGUCCGUUUGUCGAAAGAUUUUUGAGCAUAAAAUAUAUUAUAUCCGGGCUCUAGACAUUAUGACUUAUGACGGGAAUUCUCGCGAUAAAGUUGUGGAACCGUAUCGAUCGAUUUAUUGUGGAUCCGACACGACGACGUCAGCAGAGUGUCAUUACAAACAAUAGGGAAAUCAAUUGAACAAGUUAAGAGUUUAAGACAAAUAUGGACGUACAAUAAUAGGUAUAGACGUGCGUUUUCUAUGUGUCGGCGGGAGAUCGCUCUUCGGGAAAGAAAAAAAAAUACGAACAAGAGCGCUACGGUAAUCUGCGAAAAAAAUCUAAUAAACGCAACAAUAACCGACAGUAUUGUACACGCAUAUCAGGUAUAGUUACAAAAAAACUAAUAAUAAAAUAAACCGCAUAUAACACCGUUCCAGUCGACACAGCCGAGCGAGGUAGGUAGGUAUGGUUACAUAAUCUUCCUGUAGUAUGAAAACCGUUUAAAGAUCUACGCGAGAGUGAAACACUCGAUAAUAUUGCUGCGAUAAUAAUAUUAUAACCAGCAAUAGUAAGUGAAUGUCAGCAAAAACACUCUCGGAGCAAUAUUAUUGUCUGCGCAGGAGUUUGCGCGCAUCGCACUACAGGCACAAUCUAAAGUACGUAAGGUAUGUUACGCUGCGGGUCAACAAAUAUUAUAAUAUUAUUGACUCGGUAAAGUUAAUUUGUUUUGCUAAUUAAAAGUAGGUGAUUUGAUUCACUUAUUCGCUAAAUUCGAUUUAAUUUCGUCUAUUUUUUUUCGCGGAAUUAGCAUUCAGGGAAAAUAUUUUUAAACCUAUAAGGGAAUUGAAUUUGUGAUUUUUGUAUAAAAUGUAAAUCGACUAUAUUAUGUGCUCAACGCCAUAUAAAAACUUGUAAAUAAAUUGAAUUGAUCAAACAAAUCACAAGUUAAAAAUUAAGAUAAUUAACUUGUAAUUUUAAACUUUAUAACCCGUUCAUUCCCAGCCUUGCAGUUAGGUACCUAUAACGUUGUAAUAUUAUUCCAAGACAAUAAUUUAUCUAAUAUUUUUUUUUUUUUUAAGUAAUGUGGAGCAAUUGAAUCGCGCUAGUGUGCAUACCAUAUAAGGAAUUCUAUUUGAUAUAUAAGUAUAGAUAUUAUGUACCUAUAUAUUAUUAUAUAAGUACUUCCAAUAAUUCGCGGUAUUCGAACUAUUGUCUAUUAUAAUGGAAAAAACCAAAAACUCUGGUGUUUUUUUAUCAUAAACAGUUAAAACACUCCUAAAGGUUUAAUACCGGAUAACAUUAUGACAUUCCCCCCUAUUCGAUAUUCCAAUGAAAACUUGAUAUAAGGUAUACCUUCUUUUUACAACAGUUAGUACGUACUAUCGGACAAAAUAUUCACUCAAAUGAUAACGAAAAAACAUUCCAGUCGAAUGAAUUAAGAUUGAAAUGGAGUUUUUUCAGAAAAAUCGGGAGGAGGGGGUACCAAAAUACACAUUUUAAGACUAUUUUCAAAAUGUUCAACAUUAUAUACGACGCACGCAUGCGUUUACCUACAUUUUGUUAAACGAAACACCUGCUGUUAACACCAGAUUAGAAUAGGUCAAUUUUUUUAAACAACUUUAACUAAUACAAAAAUCCGCAUUAUACAUUUUAAUUAAUUCUAUUAAUAAACCAAAAACGCCAAAAUGUUUUAAAACUAUUAUAUAGGUACCACGCCUAGAAAAUGCUAAUAAAAGUACACAGUGAAAAUUUUUUUAUCUAUUUUCGAAUGAGUUACAAAAAAAAAAGAAAUCACAAAAAUCGUUAUAGUGCAAAUAUUCUACGUUAUUAAGGAAACUCAUAAGAGGAAAAAUCAAAAAAUUAUCUCUCCAAUGCACCAAUUACCAAGAAAAAAUUUGCUAUCAAAGAAAAUCACAUAAAAUUGAUGGAACAGAAUCUAAAAUAAAACUUAACCUUUAUUGAAAUAACCAUUUGAUUAUUGCAUUAUCUAUGUACCACGUGACACUUAAAAAAAUGUUAAAAAACUAAACCUGUACCUAUUUGGUUUUAAGAGGAAAAAAAUCGUCAGUAUUAAGACAAUAAAUAAAUGAUGUAUAAUAUGAGUUUCAAAUAUUAUAAAAAAAAAAAAAAAAAACUUUAAAACAUGGCUGUAUCUCAAGCAAAUUUUGAGAUUGGAAAAGAAUUGUAUAAGCCAAAGUUGAAUGGAAAAAUAAAAACUGUAAAUACCUAAUACUCGAAACCUAUACGUUUCCGUUUAAGUAAAUGAAAUUUGUUUUCAACUAAAAAAUAACAAUGGUAGUAAAUUAAAUUUAAAAAAAAAAUACGUGGCCAUAUAAUAUUAUAAUAUAUUAUAAUAUAUAUUGUAAUUUAUUUUAAUCAAAUAUUAUGUUCGAUUUCCAGUAACCAGUUCUGAGCGUAUAAUUCGUGUAUAAAACGUGUAAAGUAUAUUAAGCAAUAAUAUCUAAUAAAAUAUAUUUAAAUUUUAAAUAAAUCGUCGUCAAUUUUCAUCAGAUAACAAUAUAAUAUGGGUUUUUUUUUUUUUUUUUAUAUAUACAAUAAUAAUAAAUAUUGUGACGUAAGCGCGUAACAAACAUAUUGCGACGUAUCUACCUAACCUAUACCGAUAAAGCCGUUUGGAAAAUAAAUCAAAAUUCGAUAUAAACUCGAACGUCGUCGUUAUUGGUCGUCGGCGACACACUUAUCAAGAGUAUGCCUGUACUAUAUAGGUGCCCGUAUUACAAUAACGGCAAUUUUUUUUUCAUGUUUAUACAUUUUGCUUUUUUUUACAAAAUUUUAAUAUUAAAUAUUCCGUUGUUUUUGUCGGCCUUACGACCAAAUUUAUGUAGUAGACACCGCGACGACGACGGCUGUGACGCUGUAAUAUUAUUGCGUUUUAUUUAUUCAAAAAUAAUAUUUUUCGUAUCGUUUAGCUUUUUUAUAAACACGCAAUAGAAAUUAUUAUUAUUAUUAAUAUAUUUUUUUUUUACAAAAUUACGGUUUUCGCCACAAAUUUCGAUCGCAGUCUGCAGUUAUAAUAAAACGCCAAAAAAUUAACAAUUUACGAAUUUAUGUAUUAUUUAUUUUUCAAACCGCAACCCAAAACUUUGCCGAUAAUUUCAUUGAUGACAAUAUAAUAAAUCUCGUAAUCAAAGGCGUAGCUAGAAAUAUUUUUCUGGGUAGGCCAGAUAAAAUAAUUUAAGUGUUUAAAUAGCUUAUGAAAGCUUAUGCUUACAAAUGUUUGAUUUUAAAAUUGUGUUAAUUUCCGAAGAAAAGUGGAUAAACCUGGGCUUACCAGGCCUACGACACUGCUCGUAAUAAACCGAAGAAUAACGCGAGGAUUUAAGCUCACCGUGACGUUCUCUGUAGGGUAUAUUAAUAAUCAAUUUUGAAAACAACAUAAUAUAAUAUAUUCUGAAUAAAACGGUGAAACUAAUACUUUGACGGAGAUUUUAGAUUAAAUUCGGCCUUUUUCCUUAUUUUUUUAAAAUUUUGAUUAUUGGGAUAUCAGUUUUAUUACGAUUUGUAAUUUUUUUUCGUCUUUUCUACAACUUUUCUACCAGAAAUUUCGCUCCAAUCGAAAAACGACAAGACAGCUUUUUUUGUAGGAUUUUGAAUCAAGUUGAUGAACCGGAAAAGUAAUUUUUUUGAUUUUCCAUCCAGUUUUUAUAGUUAAAAAAAAACGUACAGGAAAAACUAUUGAAAAAUCACCAACUAAUAUUGUGUACACUGGAUUCCAGAAUACUUACGAUUUUCCCAAUGAUUACCAGGAUUUCCUCGAUUACCAAACAAUUGUUCAUUGAUUUCCUUCAGUGAUUUACCCUCACAGAAAAAUGGACAAAUUUCAUGUAAAAGUUUAGUCAUUUUCGAUUUUGUUUUGACAUUAAUAAAUAUAAAUUUUAAAAAAUACAACCCUAUCGUUGCUACAACAAUAAUAUAACAAAUUCCCGUUGUGAAAGGAUGUGUACAGGAAACUAAGCAACGAUAGAUAAAUGAACCUUUAGUCGAGUUGAUUUGAUAAUAGGUCAUUCUAAUAUUAAAACGAACAGCAAAAUGUCGUCCUUGCAGCUAAACGCAAAUUUGCCACGUCGUACGUUUGUGAGACAGUUGAUGCGGGUGUGGCGUCAUCUUAAUAAUAAUAAUUUAAAUACCCACAGAUAUAGUUUACUCGUAAAUCUACAAUAAUAAUUUGUACCUAUUGCCGAUGUCUUGCGAAAAUAAUACAGCCGAUUAACCGUACAAAAGCGAAAGCCUUUGUUACGAUGGGUUUUUUCGCGUCGCCCGCGUAAACUCCAUUGGACGAAACAAAGUAGUGCUCAUGUCACGCAGACAUCGAUAUUGAUGAUAUAAACUACGUAUCUACCCAAUUGGAUUUAUUUAUCGGCCAUAGAUAUUGACGGUAGACGAUAUCGUUAUACGUGGCUACCGGUAAAAAGUGCCGUAAAAAACGGUCGGAGGAAAAUUGUAAAAACGGUUUAUAUACGAUUACGAAUGUCAACCCUUCGAGCUUAUUAUAAACCAAUAGUUAUUCUGAAAUCGCAGACAAACACUUAAAUUUUAUUUAUACCCAGUCAUAUUACGAACCUAUGCUUAGAUUAUUAAACCGAUAAUAUUGUGUUCCCUAUAAGGGGCGCUGCAGAACCUUAUUAUUAAAUGUGAACGAUAACAUAAUACCUAAUAUAAUAUACCUAUCUAGCCAUACACUUUUGUUAUUUUAUAAUAUUACGAGAACACACGCGAUUGUAUGUAUACGAUACCUAGCCGGCUAUAAAUUAUAUUCGUGCAAAUGUUCGAGAGGGGAGGAUGAGGAGAAACGACGACGACGUCGUCAGAAUUCGUCAAAAACGAUAGUCAUCCGAUUUGAAGAUACCUACCAACUGCCUAACAACUCGGAUGAUAUUUUCACCGACGAUAUCGAUUAAACUGAAAUAUCUAUACACUAUAGAUAUUAGGUACUAUAUACGAUACACGUGAGCAUGAAUUAUAUCUUUUUAUUCUAUAAAUCCGUAUUAUAAUAUAAACGAAGAAACUGACUGACUGACAUACUUUGGUAGGUAUCAUAAUAUUUUAACAAUGCGCAGCCCAAACCGCCGGGCCUAAAAACUUGAUACUAUAAAUAUUUGUAUUCGUUUAUAUUAUUAUUAAUCUGUUACGAUUGUGAUAUUUAUAGUAUAACAAUUACGAUAAAACUGAUUACCUGGUUCGCCGAAUUUACUAUUUCUUUAUGUUCAUAUCCGACCGCCACCGACGUAGGUAAACUGGUAAACGCGAAAAACGCCAACGCCGUCUAUCGUCGCGAAUAAUUCACACGCGUAUAGCUUUGACAUUUGAAACAAAAAACGAAAUACCAUUUAUUUAUUUCGAUAAUGACUUUUAAACGCACUCUAAUAUACGACCGAAGGAAAAUCACUCGUCGCCCGUCACUAAUGAAAUCGACCCGAAGACGAAUUAAUAAUGUAGCGGUUACCGGUUACCUAGCAAGUAGUAUUUUCGCAUAGAUGUACCGAUUUACAGUGGACAUCAUCGUUUCGCGUUUGCAAACUCCUUGGUGUUUUUCAGUGGAUUUAUAGACGAGGAAUUUAUAAGCACGUUCCGAAAUUACAGGGAGUAUAAAUUCAUAUUAUUAUUAUUAAUUAUAAUCACUGUUUGUGAACCAUUAUAAAUAAUCAAAAGUCAAUUGACCAUGAUCGGUUAUGCGUAGAAUACUACGGACUAAGGUAUACCAGCCAAUGAUAUAAAAAUCAAUGGUUCAACAGAUUAAGGUAAAUUAUCUUAAUUCGCGAUUCAACUACAGAUUGUAAUAUAAUAUAAUUUAUUUUAUACAUAUAUAUACAGGCUGUCCCACAAAGAUUCAAGAUAUACCCCUUGAAAAUCUCCGGAGAUAAUAAAGAUAAUCAAAUUCUGUAUUUUUUAUAUUGCUCACAGAGACGAGGACUACAAUUAUUUAUAUUUUUUUAAAUUUUUUUUUUAAUAAAAAAUUUAAAAAAAUUACUUUUUAUUUUAUUAUUUUGAGAAAAUGUUAAGAUAGAGCUAUUCUGUAGAGUUUAUUUUUCUGAAAAUUUUAAUAUAUCACACAUUUAUAUCCGAUGAAUAGUUUCUAAGUAAUAGCCGUUUUAAAUUCUACUGAUCCGUGUGAAAACCAAUGUUAUCUAAGAAAUUAUAACUUGAUCGCGUUACGUGAUUAUAUUGGUUUUCACACGAAUUUAUAAGUUAUUUUUUAAAUUUUUUUACUAAAAAAAAAUUAAGACAAAUAUAAAUAUUUGUAGUUCUCAUCCCUGUGAAUAAUAUAAAAAACAGAAUUUGAUUAUCUUUAUUAUCUCCGGAGAUAUUCAAAGGGUAUAUCUUCAUGGGACAGCCUGUAUAUACAUAUAUAUAUAUAUAUAUAUAUAUAUACAUAUAUUAUAUUAUAUUUUUAUUAUUACGGUUAUCUACAACCGUGGUAAUUAUAAUAUUAUGUUCCAUCUGAAAAAUAUCAGAUUGCUGAUAAGGCAAUCCGAUUUAUCACUCUCCCUCCAGCGGAUUGGUCAAUAACUGAGUUUAGGAACGUAUCACGGAAUAUUAGUUGUUUAUAUUGAUUACCUAUAAUCUAGACAGCAGCUCUGAUGAUUAUAACUCGGAGUCCCCCUUACAUCCGUUGCGACCGUUGAUAAAGUAGACGUAUCUCCCACAGCCGUCAAUCGUAUCGUUUUUAAUUCGUGACGUACACAAUCGGUUCGUUUAUUAAAAUUCAUUAUUAAAAUAAAUUCAUAAAUAUCUCGCGCGUGCGUGCGAAUUUCGUGUCGGCCGAUGAACUUUUUUUUAUAUAAGCGUGUUAUCUCCGUGUUCACGGUGAGAAAAGAGAAAUAGUAGAAGAACCGGAAUACCAGAGGGCAGAUAGGUAAUAAUGAUUUUAUUGUAUCGCGCAGAUCGUAAAAAUCUCAAACCGAUUACCUACGAAUAAUCAAAGGCUAUUAACGAAUAUAUCAUAAUAGUACCUAUUAUACUAUUACUCUUUGUAAAAAACAGAAACAUUUUUCGCCAUAAAUAUGAUGACAAGACAAAUAAAAAUGACUAUAGGUAUGCCUCACCAAAUAUUUUCUCUUGUAGUCUUAGUUUAAAAUGUCCUCCCCUAGAUUUUUCUAUUCCAUAAACGAUCAAAUGCCAACUACAUAAAAAAUAAAAUAAGAAUAUUUAAAAUUUACUUUUAAGAUUCUGAAUAUUUAACAGUAGGUACGUAAGUAUACAAUAUACAUAGAUAUAAAGUGCAAGUACCUUAGUUUAAAGGCGGUUUAGAUUAAUACUAUUAUUGAUCAGAGGCGGAUCCAGGAAAAGAUAACGGGGGGGGGGAUUUUAAAAAUAAACAUAAGACAUAUAACUAUAAUGAAAAUCAAGAAAAGAGGUUAGGUAUAUCGGAAACGAACGGAGGAAGGCGAACGCUCUCACGCCCCCUGAAUCCGAUGCUACUAUAUAGUAUAGCGUAUUUGGCAAAAAAAUAAUAUGUUUUAGUAGCGUUUUUAACGAUCUACCUGGACUUUGUAGAACUAUGUUAUUCAAUAGACAUCGACAAAUUACUCUGCUGUGCCGCAUAGUGUUGGGUCUAUUCGAAAUACAGGUACCUACCAAAAUGCCGGUAACAACAAUUACGGAAACGCGGCGGGACGAUAGGUACAACGUCUUCUAUUAUUAUCUGCAUCGCUAACCAAAAAACACGGUAAACGCCCCUUUAUUUUCUACAGUGUAGGCAAUCCGACCUAUUAAUUCUUCUAAUAAUUUUGGUUUUUAACUGUAACUUUUUAAAUAAUUAAUAUUUAAAAAAAAAAAAAAGGCGAAGCGAUUGUCUUCAAAAUGUAGUCCUCUAACAAAUUAUAAAAUAUAAUAAUUUGUUAUAUCUCUAAAACUUUUUAAGGGUACCCAUUUAGUUUGUUUUUAUAGUUCGUUAGAAAUACAGACGGCAGCUAAUUCUACGUAUUGGCCAAGUAAAGGAGAAAAAAGGUAUUUUUAGCUGAACGUCACGAUUUAUUUUUGUUCAUUCCUUAGAGGUCCUAAGGCUUUGAUAAUGAUGAUUUCUUCGUUACUUAAUUUAUUUUGACUGCAUUAAAGAAAAAACAUGACUAAAAGUACUCAGCUUAAAAAUUAAUUUUCAUUAGAAACGAUUUAGUAUAUAAACUAAAUUACUUCAAAUUUCUAACCUUCAUCCCAACUACAGGUCACUUAUAGCACUGGCCUUAUUGAUGGCGCAAAUUAUGUUUAGCUUUUCUUAGUUUUUUCGUCUCAAUUUAUCGCGAAACUAAACAAAUAUUAUGUGCGAGUGCGAGUGUAUCAUGAUAAUCUAAAUUUUUAAUUAAAAACCUACAACAUAAUAAUAUCCAAUGUAAUGUUUACACGUGCAAUAUACCUAAUACAAUUUUUGUUUUCGUCUCAUUAUUCGUAUUACUAUAUUUUUAUUUUCCUAACGUAAAAUUUCGUGUAACGUGAUGUAUAUAAUGAUUUUGAAACGAUUAUCAUUAUUAUUUUCAUCGUUGCCACCUGAAACCUAAUAAUUAUAGAGCACUAUUUUCAUGUUAUACAGUAUGAUCCGUUGAUCACGAAUAAGAGAUUUUCUCAGAUUUCUGUUUUUCAAUCAUUAUGGAAUCGUUUAAGCACUAUUUUAACACCGUUUUCAAUUUUUAACGCCUACUUGGAGACCUUAAAUAAAAUAUCUGAAAUACACUUUUGAUUUUCAAAUAGGACUCCCUCCUUUUCAAACAAAGAUUCGAAUAGAGAAUAAUACUAGUUUAUACAUUUUGAUAUGCAUAACACUAAUUGUGUGUUUACUGUUUAUUAGUUAUAUAAGUUAAAGUUUGAACUAGAUAUUAAGUUUGAACUAUAUUUAUUAGGGUAAUCAACUUUAAUUCAUAUUAAUUUUCAUUGGUUUAGCCAGAAAGGGUUUUGGGUGUUGGUACCAUCUCCACCAUUGCUUUUUAACUAGGUAUAGGUAAGGUUUAAAAUAUUUUAAACCCCUUUACCCCCUAGACCCUUGACCCUUGUCCUAUUGAUAAAUUCUGGCUAUUCCAUUGUUCAUUUUAUUCUUUCCCUUCUCCUUUAAAACAUUUUAAACUACUACUAUACCUACCUAACUCAUGAACUCAUUCGAUAUUAGUGUUAUGCAUAUUAAAAAGUAGAUAUAUGUACUCAUUAUUUAAGGUAUAAAAAGGUAGGGAUAAACAAAAUUAAAAUUGUGUUAAAAUAAAGCUUAAAUGAUUCCAUAAUGAAUGAAAAAAAAAACUGGAAAUCAAAUUCAUUUAAAAUCCUUCGAAAAAAAUCACUGGCUCGUGAUGAAUAGAUCACUCUGUAUACGCAUCACGUGUGUUCGAUGAAAAUAUGAUUAUUUUAUUUUUUAUACUCUCCAUUGUUAUAUGUAUUAUAAAACAACAACACCACAGACGAAAUAUUAUCUGGUUGCAUAAAAACAUCGUCGUUCACUAACAAAUAUUUAGGUAUUGUUCCGUUUAAAAUGCAUUAUAUAACAGUACACCAUUCACACGAGUUUAUUUAAAUAUUUAUUUGAAUAUACGUCUACUAUAUUAAAAAAAUACAAAUGUCACUUAGUGGUUUAUUUAAAAUCAGGCUACGUAGGCUGAAGAGGUUGCUGGGACGGUAAUUUCGGUACAUUUGUUUUAAAUGAUUUAGUUUUUUAGAAAAAUGUUCUGAAAAAAAUAAUAUUGAAUAAUUAAUUCAUAUCAACACAAUAUAUAAUGUAUAAUAAUGUAUAAUAUUUAAAAAAAAAAAAAAAAAAAAAACAUAAUUUAAAAAUAUUAUUAUUUUAAAGGGGAGGGUCACUAUAGCUGUCCUAGAGGAAACGGUAAAAUACCCAAUGGUCGACAAAAAGUUAAAUACGCCACUGAUCACUGAUCACACCUAGAUACUGCUAUCUAGAUGUACUCGGUUCGUCAAAAUAUAUCAUGAAAAAUGACGUCAUCGAUACAUUUCUAAAUGCCUCAUCAGAAUACUAUUUUAAUAUUGAUAUUAUAGGUACUUAUACCUACCUACUUUUCCGUAAAAUACGAAGGUAAGGAAGGCAUCUCAUCGAACCCCUAGGCUACUUUUACAAAUUUACAAUGUAAAAUUGUCACAUUAAUACGCACACUGCAUAGUAUAAUUACACGAGAAAUAUUUUUCUAAUAAAAGUGAAUCAAUACAACAUACCUAUUAAUACGUUUGUAUUAUUUCGAAAUUUAUUUAUCACAUCAGUUUAAUUGAUAGGCUAACUAUCUAUAGCAUAGUGUCGGCUACCUAGCAAAAUAUCGUAUAUUGAUUCUGACAAAUUUUGCAAAACAAAAUGUUGUUAAAAAAACUACAAAGUCAAUCAUAAAAUGAUCUCCCCAAUGCACAAAAUAGAUCAAAAAUAUUACAAGAAAUUACAUAUAUAGUUUUAUAGCAAAUCAAAUCAAGAUUUCUGGCAGCUGUUUACAGAUACACGAAAAAAAAGACCUCUAGUUCGAGUAUAAGACGUUUUUUAAAUUUUCUGUAAUUUUCUUAAUUGGAAAAAACUCAUGAAAAACGGGAAAUUUUACAGCAUUUACGGUUUCAUUAUUUUCGAUUUUAUAUUUUUUUGGUUUUUCGUAAUUCAAUAAGAAAUAAUUGUGUAGACCUGAAAUUUUCACAGAAUAAUAACAAUCGCCUUUUGUAGACGUGCGGUAAAAACAUUUUGUCGAUUUUUUAGUUAUAACAUUAUAUUAUAUCCCACUUUCUCAACUUCCCACCUACAACAAUAAUAAUACACUAAUCAGCAGUAUUAGCUCUUUUUUUUUCAUAUUAAUCGAAAAUCCACGAAAAACACUCAUCUCCUUCGUUACUACUUAUUGAAAUCUGAAAAAAAAACAACAAAAUUAUUAUUCGGUAAACACUAGUCGCAGACGCGCUAAUUGAUGUUGGGUGACGAUAAUAAUGUUAACCUCGGUCGGCGAUACGAGAGCCGAUCGUUUUACGAUACCGUUUCGCGACGUUUCACUGCACGUGCUGCUCUACCGACCGCAUAACAUUCGCUCGUUACGCGGUUAUUUUAUAAUACGCGUUCGAAAGUAAAACCGCUAAUCGGCCAGAUUAUGCGGCGUGUCCUGUAAUCCGUGUAUAGGAUUUUUAAGCCCCUUGGCGACAAACGACGAUAGUUUGGUCUGAACCCUCUCCUAAUACGGCGAAUCGCAUCGUAACUUCAAUCAAUUAUUUAUGUGUAAAAACAAAAACAAAAACACCUGUGAUCAAUUGAGCUCCGUCGCUAAAGUCGAAUUUCUCCACGCCUAUUUUGUGUUAUAGAAAUAAUAUCCUUCGCAAAACAAUAAAUAACCGAAUACUCUAUGUACUCCAAUCCUCUAUAAUUAAUGUUUUAAUGUUAGAUAGCAUUUAUAAGUGUAUACAAUUAUUUUACGAAAUAUUAUAAAAUUCUAGAUGUUUAUGAUUUUCGUAAGUCUCACUUGAAAAACAUUAAUAUUUUAACAUAUGCUCUUUAUGCAAAUAGCAAUUCAUAUAGACGUAUAAUAUACAUGCAGAAUGAUAAGUUCGUACCCUAAUAUAUAAGUGACGAUAAUUUACGCAGGUAAGAGAUUUCUAAAAGGAAAAAGGGGUGCUCCUCAGCUUAAUAAUUAUGUUACUACCUUUCUCUUAAUAUUUGAAGAAAUUCGAAGUAAUUAGUCUGAUAUUGAUUUGAAUUUUUUUGAUAAAAUAAUUAUAAGGGUACCAAUAGUAUGGGAGUGUGACGAUGGUGGUGUUAUUUACAGACGUAUCAUUAUUUUAUUUGACUCAUAUAGAAAUGUUUCAUAUAGAAAAGUAACAUAUGAGAUAUGGAUCUCUUCCGAACAACAAAAAAAACCGUUAUUAUUUGUGAGUUUAAAAGGGCCCGUUGACCUUCGCGUUGGUAUCGAUAGAAUACUAAUAAUGAAACAAAAUUUAUUUAUAUGUUGUAUGUAAAUUAUAAGAACAAUCAGAGUACGACUGUGGCGGCGGCGCGGUGGUGUCCUCAAAGGGCUGACGCAAAUUUCGUAAAUCUUUACUGUAUAUUUGACUAUUUUAAAAUAUUUUUAUUAUACGGAAUGUAUAUAUAUAUAUAUAUAUCCUUCUCGAACAACGAAUGUUCCGUUAUGUUUAUUAAAUUACUUUUUUUAAUAAAAAAUACCAAGUACUCAAACGACUUGAAUCUUUUAGUCACACUGUUAUAAAUAUGAAUAAUUCUAUAUAGGUAUGUUAUGUGAGUAUAACAUUACAAAACUAUGAGAUUCACAGUGAUGACUGCAUUUCUUAUUUUAGGUAAUCGAUAUUUUUUCCAUAUUUAGACGAUUUACUGGUGUCAUUUAAUGGAAGAUUUAAAAUUAACUCAAAUAUUAUCAUACCUAUUGUGUAUUGCCAAAUAAUAAAGGAGAUAAUAUGUCGUUCAAUGAUUUAAAACCAACAAUUUAUUUUUCCAAAGAAGAUUUGCAUGACAUUAAUAUUGAAAUGUAUAAGAUAUUACUAGAAAAUGAAUUUGAAUUGUGGAAACAAAAAAAGUCCAAUGAAAACAAUAUAGCUGUCUAAAAAGUCCUUUAGAUGUGUUAUCAAAAUUUCAUGAAGAAUUAUUUCCAAACAUAUUUUGACCUAGAAUCCCGACUAACACUAGUGAAGCCGCUGCCCACAUUAAUAUAAUAUUGAUUUCAUACGACAGCGGUCGAUUUAGAAAACUCCUACGGAAUACGGAUGACAACGUCCGGAAGAUAUGUUAAAAAAAACCCCGACAAGUCGACAACAUUAUCCAGCUAACGUGGCUGGUAUACGCGAGUAAUAUUAUAUGCCAGGAAAAAAUAAAAAAUUGUCGUGAAUCAACAAUAACGACGGCGUUGUGAUUUGGGCAAAACCAUAUAUGGUAUAAAAUAUACAUAUUGUACGACGGAAAACAAAUAACGAUAAUGCAAUAAUUUUCAAUCGUGAUGAGACCGAAAAGACGUUCACAUGACUCGACUAGGUUUAUCAACUGUACAUGUUUGUACAAAAUAAUAAUAUAGAUAAUACAUCCACCGACCGACGACCGUAACUCGCGAAAUCUAUAAAUACAUAAUAUUAUACUAACCUGCAGUAGUAAGUUUCUUUCGCGUUACUCAUUUGUACCUAUAAGCAAUAACCUAUUAUAGUAAUAUCAACGACCAGAGGAUAUAGAUCAUAUGAAAUUCACAACGAUGUAUAUUUCAAAAACGUCUAACUCUAGAAUUAGAAACAAAAACGUAGUUUAUUAUUUUUUUAUUCGAACUAAAAUAAUUAGGUAUAUCGAAUAUAGAUAAUAUUUUUAUAUUUUUAUUUAUACAUUUCUUAUUUUGAUUUCAGGAAGGAACUAUUGGUGAACAUUUGGUCUUGAAGCCCGUCCCUUCCGUGUACAGAAGGCACGUGCAGUCCACUCCGGACGACGAAAUGUUCUUAGAUCAAGAAAUCCGUGAAGACGAAAUUUCCAGACAGGGUUUUCCGCUCAAGUCUAAAUUCGUGGCCCACCACAAGCACGUAGUGUACAGGCGAAAUCCCGAAACUGACAGGAAUGCCGGAGAUUAUGGUUUGUAUAUUAUAGAACAUUUUUUCUUAUUCUUCUUUAUUUUUUUUUCUAAUUAAUAUUUAUUUUAAAUCAAAAACGUAUUAACUAUACAAAAUCAAGCAACUUCGCACGGUGGGUAAGCCACUGUUGUAGAUGAGAAGUUGGUAAGAUACGAUAUAGAGGGGAAUUUAGUGUAUAUCUGUAAGCAACGAUUAACCAUUUAUAACGAGAAAACUAUUCUGAGCGGAGUUCAGUUGAUAGUGUUGUAUUUUGUCAAUAUUAUAUACGUCAUAUUAUGGUAAAAUAAUUACAUAUACAUUAAACAUUUUCUCUAAUAAUAUUUGUUUAAUAUUGUAUCUAUUUUCCCAUGUUUUUUCUCGGUUUUUCCCAUUUAUUAUGAAAACUUUUGAGAAAAUCAAAAAAUAAUGACUUCGCUAGAGUAACACCCCAAUUAGAAAAACCUUCUUUCAGAAAAAGUGCUACAGUUGCAAAUCGGAGCAAGAUUUUUGGUAGAAAAGUUGUUCACAGAAAAAAAAACAGAAUUUUAAAACCAUAAGCUUCCUCGUGCCAAUCUAAAAAAAAAUAACAUCGAUCCAAUUGACAAAUACGUGGUAUACAGUGUUAGAUUUGAUCAGUACGUUUAGUCCUUUUUUAGUUUUUCCUAUUGUAUUUGUAUGUUUGUGCACUGGCCAUACUAUAUUACCGUUUAUAUAAAUAACAUCACAAGCGAAUUAAAACUAGAAUUACUUACAACUUAUUUUUAUUUUUAGCAUUAAUGGAACCAGAUUCGUUGCCGAGGAGUAGGCGGAAAAGAUCGAUAACCAAGAGGGAAGCGCCGUACGCAAUCUAUCCGGAAAUAAUGGUCAUCGUGGACUACGACGGUUACAGGUAUAAUAAUAAUAAUAAUUAGUUCGAGAAUCUCUACAUAAUAAAAAAAAAUUUAUAUCAACGUAAUAAUAUAAAAAAUUUUAAUAACUGUAUAUAAACGUGACAUAUUUUUACAGGUUACACGGAGGAGACAACGUACAGAUAAAAAGGUACUUUGUAUCCUUUUGGAAUGGCGUAGAUCUUAGGUACAGACUGCUCAAGGGUCCAAAAAUACGCAUAAGCAUCGCGGGCAUUAUAAUAUCAAGAGUAAAUAAUAAUAUUAUCAUAAUAUAGAUUUAGUGUUUUAAGUGACGAUUGUAGUCGACACGUGCUCACUGCAAGCUGGGCAUUCCGACGCUUUCGUCGGUUUCAAUUCCGAUUUCAUCGUACAGAGCCUUCUUCGUUUUCGGACAGUUUUCCAUGAUUGAAUCCAGUAUGUUGGUACACAUGCGUUUCCGUUUUCUGUACUCUUUGGUAUAUUUUUCAUAGUCCUUCUGCACUAGUUCUCGAUCCUUUUCUGAUACGUGAACACCGGUAUGUUUGGACUGCUUAAUACAGUCCAAUUGCGAUUUGAGUUGAGCCACGGUUCCUUCCAUUUCGGCGACCUUAAGUUUCGCUUCCGCCAUGGUGCAAAUGUUCUGCAGGCUUUUCACUUCAACCUCGGUCUCUUUAUACUUACGCUCAACUUCGCGCAGGACCAAAUUGAUUUGUAGCAAUUCCUCGUCCAUCGACCGAAUUUCCAUUUUGUCUUGUUCCGUCAUUUCCGGUUGAACGACACAAUAAACUUUCUGUUUGCCGUUCAACUUCAUAUACAAGACGUUUUCCUUGACCAUCUGUUCGAGAGCUUUUUCCACGGCUGAUUUUCCAACGCCCUGCUUUUGUAAAUUCGAAAACACGUCGUUGCUGCUAAACGGUCUGUUGGCAGUCAUCAUGAACUUUCUAACCUUGUCCGAUUCCAUAUUAUAGUGUUUGUGGGUUAAGCGGGCUAUGCAAAUAAUUAAUUGUGACACUAUUUUUGAUUUUAGGCGAGAGACGCCACACCGUAUUUGGAGAGAAAUAGGGUCGGUAGGGACGCUAUUGACUCUGCUGCUGCACUCACGGACAUGGGUAAAUAUUUGUUCAAAGAACGACGACUACCCGUGUACGAUAUCGCCGUAGCCGUCACAAAGUGAGUAGAUGCGGUUCUAAACGAUCUAAAGAAAAGACAAAAAAAAACAAAUUCAGUAAAAUUAAUCGAUUAUUUAAAAAAUAAUAAUAAUAAUAUCUCGAGUAUAAAUACAUUUUUUUUUUUUUUUUGAUAUUUUACUGUGAGACAUCAAAUACUAUACAAUACACAUUAUAUAAUAUGUUAUUUAUGUUUUUGUGUGAUAUUAAAUUAAUAUUAUUGGGUCGUUAUAACCGACAACGAAUGCAUUUAGGUACGACAUGUGCAGACGUCGAAAAGGAGGCCGUUGCACAAAAGGAACGGCUGGUAUGUGGUAAAUAAAAAAUAAGAGGGGAAAACGCUUAAACAUAUUAUAUACCUAGUAUGAUUCGGGAGAAUUUGUACAUACAAAUUAUCUGUCUACAAUAAAGACAUUACUAAACACUAUCUUACUUCUGGGUGUGAUGGAUUAAAGCGAAUACGUUUUUAUUUUUAUUUUUUUGGUAUUUAACGGCCAGGCUUCUAACGUGUGUAGAUGUAGAUGAUUAAUUAAUAAUACCUACCUAUUUAUAUAUUAUAUCAAAUUGUAAAAAAAAUUGAUAAAAAUUGACACAACGUUAUUAUAAAGUACAACAUAAUAUCAAUAUGUUUACAAAUAAGUUUUGGUUGACCAAAAAAGAAUAAUAAUGAAUAGCACGUUUUAUAAGUCCGAAGGAAAUUUAAAUCGAAUUAAUGACAAUUCGGAACGGAUUAAAUAUCGUGUAAUGUUUCAUUUUCAGAUUAGACAUGUGCAGGCGACAAUACCCACACGAUACAUGCAACAGGGGUACCGCAGGUAUGUCCCUGACAAAUCCAAAACAUAUCGACAAUGCACUUGUAAUUUUGUUCGGCCCCCAUACGUAUAAUAAUUUCGUUUCCUGCUCAAUUAUACCUAGCAAAAAAACACCGCACUUAAAUAUUAUAUUGUAAUAUUUUUUUUUUUUUUUGUUUGGCAAACAAAAGGUUUCCACGAUCUUCUCUUGGUUCGUUCACUGUCGGCACUGAAAUUUUGAAAUUAUACCUGGACAUAAACUAUUUUUUUUUUUGUUUUUAAGGUCACCGUUAUGUCUUCUUUUUUACACUGUUUUAUAUAUAAAGUGACAACAAAUGCGCAUCUUUUUUUUAUUUUUACAAACGCUAUAUCUAUUAGACGACAACUUUCAUGACAUACAGACGCACACACACACGCACGCACGUACACGCACACGCACACAUACUGACACAUACACUAUAUAAUAUACACACGGAAAAACAUGACAUGUGGUAAUACCGGUGCUAAACUAGUUAACUAAUGGUGUAAACGCUGAAGCUUUCUUUACGGUGAUUUGUUUCCUUAAUAAAAAAAUAAUAAUAAUAACACAAAUUAUAUAUACCUAUAAUUUAUUUAUUUUCUUGUACAUUUUUCUAACUUAUAAUACAAUUAGUAUAAUUAUAUAUACAUCAAGGGCGUCAUUUCAACUUUUUGAAAGGUAUGUUAACAACUCGGCAGGCAAAAAAAGUUUUCAGCUGGCCAAUAUAUAUUUUAUUAAAGAGUUAUUACAAAACAAAUCUUUUACACCAGAUACAACAUACCUGCUACAGAUUAUGACUAUACAUAGUUACCGAUGCUGAACACCAAUUUAAAAAAAAAAGAAUAUUUUUCCAGAUGCAGAAAAAUUAUAGUCUGACCAAAAUAUAAUCAUAUUAAUAUAAUUAAUUCAUGAUGAAUUUUAGGUAUGCAUACCCUGCAAUACCUCAAAUGACGCCCCUGAUAUACAUGCAUAUACAUUAUACAUAAUAUAUAUUUUUUUACUCAAUAAGCUGCGCUGGAACUGCGGAGUACUGCAAGGUAAAACGAUUUAACAACGUUACACGCUUUCCACUAUUCGAAUAUAAUGCGAUAAUUACACUUCAAUAAUAUAAUGAAUCGACGAUAUAUACGAAUUAAACACAUUCUUUAGCCGGCUAUUAUAUAGCUUUUAACCGUUUUUUUUUUAACGAUACGAUCGAGCGCAAAGAAUACAAUUAAUAUUCAUAUUAUUAGUUUAUAUAAGAUUUGUUCAACUAUAUAGUGAUGAACAAAAAAAAUUAUACAAAAGAAUCGUAUUUUUUGUAAACAUGCACUGUGCUGCAGCCUGUAGAGAUAACCCUCUCUAGCUCUUGGUUCUCUAAACUUGAUUUUUCUCAAAUUAACUUUUUAUUGUAACCCACGAUUGGAAUCACGUUAUUUUAUAUUUAAUUUUGGAGAUUUAAUUUCUGUUAAAAAAUUUUUUUUUUUUUAUUCAUGCACUCGAUUGUAAUGUUAAGAAUAUAUUAUGAUAUAAUAUAAUUAAAUAUAUUUUAUAUUAUAAUUGGGUUUUAACCUCCAAGCACUAGUAAACUAAUCUUGUACUGAUAUAUAAUUUUAUUUUUGGCAUUUGGGUAAAAAUAAGAAACGAAACGAUUUUCAACAUUUGAACUUUGUGUUAUUCGUGUACUUAGGAUUCGCAUACGUAGGAGGAGCUUGUGUGGUUAACAAACGACUGGAGAAAGUCAAUAGUGUCGCUAUCAUUGAGGACACUGGCGGAUUUUCGGGCAUUAUCGUAGCCGCGCACGAAGUUGGACAUCUGUAAGUAUACUAUUAGCUCUUACAAAUUAGCUACUUCGAUCGGUCGUCCAAAAAUUAUCUAAAAAAAAAUAUUACAUCUUAAAUCGAUUACAGAUUGGGCGCAGUGCAUGAUGGAUCGCCGCCGCCCACCUAUCUUGGCGGACCAGGAGCGGAGAAAUGUCGUUGGGAAGACGGGUACAUAAUGAGCGAUUUGCGGCACACGGAAAAAGGAUUCCGGUGGUCACCGUGCAGUGUGUCGUCUUUCCAUCACUUUUUGAAGUUUGUUCACGAUUAACUAUUCAUAAUAAUAAACCGUCUUAUAUGCGAACCUGGAAGACAUUUCUCUUCUUCCAAACUAUAUUUGCGGUCAGCUACUUCAGUCCUGAAUUUUCCUUUGAUUCACCCAUCCCCCCUUCCAUCAUCGCACAUUCCAACAGUCUUAAUUUUACUCUCAAAGUAAAUGUCUAAUAACCAUCUCCUUAUCUGUUUUCUUCUUUCCCUCACUCACUGUCCAACACUUUCAUUUGUAAAUCUAUAUUAUACACUACUGACUAUAAUCUCUUCUUCGGGUGCAUCAUGCCUGAAUAGCCUCGGGGAUGACUGUACGUUUCACCUCCGAGUCGUACGACGUUUUAUUUUUUGUAUAUUCCAUAGUGGUGACACGGCUACGUGCCUAUUCAAUUCGCCGCACGAGGACGAAUCCUUGCCCAGGAUGUUGCCGGGAAAACUACUGACUCUGGACGCCCAGUGCAGGAAAGAUCGGGGGACCAGCGCGUGUUUUGUGAGUUUACGGUCGUGGGCAACUACUUCUGUAAUAUUAUAAUAUCGCACUGGCGACAACGACUGAUAGUGAUAAUAAAUCAUUUUUACUUAUAAUUUGUAUGUUUUUGCCCGCAGAAAGACGAUCGGGUGUGCGCACAGCUGUUUUGUUUCGACGCGGGAUCGGGUUAUUGCGUGGCGUACAGGCCCGCGGCCGAAGGAUCACCCUGCGGAGACGGACAAGUGAGUUUUUUACGCGCUCCGAAUUCGAUUUUAAUGGUGACAAAAAUUAUUUAGAUUUCAAUAAAAAAAAAAAAAAACCAAUAUUAUUAUUAUUAUUUCACAAAAUUUUAAGUCUCAUAGAUUUGAAAAACUUCCCGAGCGCAAUUAUUACUAAUAAGGCCGGUACCGUCCUUAAAUACGUCUCGUUUGUUUGGUACCUAAUAUUAAUACUCUAUCAUUAUAUUUAUACUUUGUUAGCACUGCACCAACGGCAAGUGCAUAACGGAACACGAAAACAUUAUUCCCGAUUUUUCGCAAAAUACACCGGCCUACCUGCGUCGAUCGGGAGCCGAAGCGGAAGCUACUCAAGACUGGCCUCAGUAUCUGUCUCCUAACAUAACGACGCAGAGGUAAAUACACAGAGGUAUACAUAGAUCUUAGUUUGAAAAUGCCCAAAAGACGGCUAUAUGGUGUCAAUGUUGUUGUGUGAUUAUAUAAUAUAAUAUACGUUUUGAGCAUAUUAUUUGGAUGUCGCAAUGACACGACGACAUAUUGGUGGCGUAGUUAGUUAAUUAAAGCAAAAGGAGCAAAUUAUGGUGGUACUUAUUUUUUUUUUUACCCUCAGAAAUUUUUUAAAACUAUAAAAAAAAUUAAUCCUGUACAGUAAUAAUAUUGAUGCAUCGAAACGUGCAAACGUGCAUCGAGAGCGUCCAAGUUCAAAAAAAAAGUACUUUUUUGAUUUUUGCAAUGUUAGCAAAAUUACAAAUUAAAAUAUGAUAUGAUUAUAAUAUAAAACCCCAGUGUGGUAUGCUUUAGGGUUGACCUAUAUUUAUGAAGCUUAACAAAAUUUUUUUUUAUAAUUUUAAACUAAUUCUGGGGUGAUGCCCGAUAAAAAUUGAAAAAAAAAUGUCUCCAUCUAUACGACAAAGACCACUCUAGGGCACAUAUUCACAGAAUAUUCGAAUUCCUCGCGUAACAUAAAAGGGCUUUUGUUUAAUCGGAAUUUGCAUUUGUCAAAAACACGCAGCAGUUUACUAGUCAAACGCGAUUUAGCGCAGGUAGAAAUAUUAGAAAUUUCGUUAAUCUAUACAUUCUACACGCCACCAGAUAUUAGUCAUGGAACACCAUCCGCGAUGGAUAGAAGACACGCCUGUUUCCGAAACCUACCGAGAACCGCAUACGGCGGUUUGUAAAUAUUCUAAUAUAUAUAAUGCAUUGUAAAUAAAAAAAAAAAAUACUUAAUUAGAUACGUACAAAAAAUAUGAUUCGUACGUUCAACAAAGCGGACCUUUUCUCAGAUCCACAGACUGGGCAAACAUAGCUGUAAUAUAGUAAAGAUGAUUAUAGAAAAACCACGUUCUUGCCAACGGAUCGCAUCAGGAUAAUAUCAGAGUGCAGUAAUCCAAGCAUAAAAUAUUAAAAAUUUCGUCAUCGUCCAUCGGUUUUUCACGGGUAAAAACGAGAGGAAAUAAAUGAAACCGUUCCGUAUCUAUGUAUUAUUAAAGUUGCCAGACGGCGAAAAAAGAGAAAAUGUCCGUUUUAGGUGAUAAAUGGGAACAAUGUAUUAUUAAAUACAUAAUAUGGGUAUUAUAGUACGAACGAGCUAUAAAACUAGUAACUAUAUACUAUACAUUAUUAUUUUAUGCUUUUAUUUUUCACUCAUGCGUGAUCACUAAAAUGUUGGGGGUCCCAGUUGCGUCAAAACUCGGAAAAUCAAAACUACAGGAAAGGCAAAAUUUAGAAAAUCUUGACGGUGUUUUCUGAAUUUCCGUGAUUAUAUUUCUGCGAAGCUAAGCCUCAUUAGUGGACCACGCUCAGAACUCCCCUCCAACCCGAAGUUGUUUUAGUUUUCCUAAUUAUACAUGCCUUUCCAAGUUUUGACUUUCCAAAUGACGAUGAUGUUUUCGGCAUUUCGUCAUUCCGAGUUUUGCUAGUCCCCUUCCUAAAUAUUACUAAAUUUGGUGGCAUUUUAGGUCCGUGUGGAACGACUAUUGGAGGACGACCCAAAAGACUAUUGCCACCACCCGUAGUAUUAACCAACCCCAACCGAACUUGUACACACUACAGCCAAAACUUUACCAACAACCAUCACCACCGGUGACUAUCCCCGUGACACCAUUUGACUCACAACUAUCGCACAAAAAACAACAACAACCAUACGGUAACAACAAAAACGAAGACCCCUCUUUGCAAGCACUGUUGCUUAGAAACAAACAUUACACUACGUCCUAUUCGGGGCCACAAGAGUUGAAAACCAUCAAUCGACCGCAGUCGUUGCCUGACAGUAGCCCGUACGGUGAGUAAAAUAUACCGUGCAAGCGCACAUGAAAAACAAAAUACCCAUCAUAUAUCAUACCAGGUAUCAUCUCGGUUUGAACCACACUUCACUGUCUUUACUAUGUUUGUAUGUAAUACCGACCAGAACUUUGUAUAAUAACCACUGCAUACAGUCUGUCGACCAUAUUAUUAUAUUAUUAUAAUCUAUUUACGAACGCGUAAAUAUCAUAACAAUAUUUACACACCAAUAUUGUUAAAUAAUAUACACAUAUUGUUGUAACAAAAUAAUAACGUCAUUGUAUUGUUAUCGAAAAAGAAAAAGCCGCUAACCUAAUCUAAUAACGAAAACGACGCAUGCGUUAACACAAUCAUAUUAACCGCCUACCGAGCCAUCACUAAUAUUAUUUACUUGUAUAAACGCAUCGCAGAUUCAUGCAGUUUGCUUUUGUGUAUCGAUACAUUAUUAUUUAUUGUUUUUUCCCUAACCUAAAGGACAGAUAGGUCUAUAACCUAUCUCACAACCGGUGCUUGAAAUGGACUGAAAAAUGUUAAGGGAGGUCCAAAAAGUGUGUACUUGAAGAUGUAAAAUGUUUUAUUGACAAUAAUAAUAAUAAUAAUAAUAAUAAUCUUUAUUUGCUAGUAGAAGAAAUGUUACAAAGUAGAAUACUACUCUGUAAUAGAUUAAUAAUGAAAUUACUAGCUUUUCUCGACACUGAGGUAUAACCUAUUAUCGUAGAGCAAGAAUACUUAUCAUAAUCUUAAAUAAUUAUAAAAACAACAAAAAAAAAAAAACAAUUAACUAGGUAAUAUAAUAAUAAUCACCAGAAGAAAAAAAAAAUAAUAAACUGUUUUGGAGUAUAUAAUGUAUACAAUAAGAAUAAUAUUAUAAUAACCAAUAAAUAGAAUUUUUGAUAUAAGACAUAUUUUUACAAAUAGCUUUAAUAUUUGUAAAAAAUUUGCUGUUCCACAGUGAUGUAAGCAGGGGUAGAAGUCAGAGAAUAUAUAUCCCCCCCCCCGAAUAGGGUGUAAAAAAAUAACAACUAUGAGUAUUUAUUUAGUAAUUUAAUCUUGAAAUUUAUAUAUUUAAAGCCAAGUUACAUCCUUCAUUCAUCAAUUAAAAAAUUACUUCUUUAAACAUGAAUUUCCAUUGACAGGUUAGGUGUAAAAGAACUAACUCCAUACAAUUCAUUCAUGUUUAUUUUUCACUAUACAUCCCAUCCAAUUAUGAAAAAUUAAUAGAAAUAUGCUAAAAUAUACGUGUAUAUUUUUUAUAAGAUACUCAGCUCCCUCCCCCAAUUCAAGCACUGUAUAUAUCAUCUAAAUAAGUCUGCAGAUUUGUCACAUUUCCUCGUCUCUUAUUCUCGUGUAUAAAUAUUAUGUGCCUACAGCUGACGAGUGCGUGGACAAGACCGGGGCCGUGGACAUGUUGGGAGCAGUAUCCUGUUACGACUACCUGACUAGGUACGGCAUGGGACACUGUUCAAACCCGUACAUCCGGGACAACUGUUGUGCCGCCGUCAAGUACAUGUGUAACGGUGGCAGUUUGAAUAACGCAGAUCCUCCUAUUCAACAGCAACAGCUGCUGCGGUUGCAGUUUGGCUGAGCGGUACGUCCGUUGACACACCCAUCACACCCACCAACCCGAAACAACGAUUUACAAUAAUAUAAUAAUUGCAUUAUUAUGUUAUAUUUAAAUAAUUGAAAGAAAAAAAAAUCCCUUUACCUAUACAAUCUCUGUGAGAUUAGUCUAUUAUUAUUAUUAUUAUUUAUGCCUCGUUAUGCCUAUAUAAAUAUUAUUAUUAUGUACUUAUACUCGUUAAAUAAUCGAAUUAUAUAUGAUUACAAAAAUAUAUAAAUUAAAAUUAUAAACACUUUUUUUGUAUUUGUUCGCGUUUUUAUAAGAGUACCUUGUCGAAAAAGUAUUCGAAAAAUAUAUUUUCAUAUACUGUAUCAUGUGUAUAUAUAUAUAUAUAUAUAGUUUUUUUAAAAAAAUAUAUAUUAUAUUAUUAGGUAUUUAUUAGAUGUGCGCGUUUAAAGAAAAAUUAAAUUUGCUAAACCAUUGUGUGAUUAAUGAAUUCAUAUCAGUCUAUAGUUUUGAUAUACUCAUAAUAUUAUAAAUGUUUAGAAGUCGCGUUUGUUUUGAAAUCUUUUUUUAUCCUAUUCGAUAAUUGUUCCUUGAAAAAACUCUAGGAUAAAACUGGACUAAAAAAGAUUUUGAAACUACGGAAAAAUGUAUGCGAUUCAAAAUUUUGUUUUGUUUAUUUUGCUUUAUUAUAUAAGAUUAUUAUACUUACAAAAUAAGUACCUUAUUAGGAGAUAAACACAUCUUCUACCUGUAUUUUAUUUUUAGCUGAUUAAGACAUAUUAAGUAACAAAAAUGUACAUACAAAAAUAAAAGAAAAAUAAGUUAGAUGUGUGUUAUGGUUUAUUUGUUUUUUUUUUUUUAUUUAUAAAAAUAUUUUACAAAAAAUCCUCAUUCUAUAAUAUUAAUAAGAACAAAAAGUUUCCAAACCACUAAAAAUAAGAUAAUAUAUAUUACAAUCGAACUAUAAUUAUAUUAAUUUUAAUUAUUCUGGCAUUACUAAAAUUGAAUGCCAAGAACCUUAACUAUAAGAGCUCAAACUUAAUCCUGGAGCAACAAAAUUAAGAGGGCUUUAAAAACUGUGAUUGGAGCAAUUUUUAAAAUAUUAUUUUUAUCAUUUUUGUACAUAAUUGACCUCUCGCAUUCAUUUAAGUGUGAUGUUUUGCUCAUUGGUAUCGUUUUGAAGUGAUGUUUGUGUUAUUUCUUCAACGGUUUCUCCAGGAUUGUCUACUCGUUUUUUGCCGACCAUACAAUAACUUGCCUAGCACCCAGUCUGAUCACCAUAGCAAAGCUAAACA